GAAAGGGACUAGAGAAAAAAAGGAGGCGUUGCGGAGUGGGCGGGUCCUUCUCCGCGCAGUCCCCACCCCACCAGCCAACCCCAAGCCGCUCAGUGGCCGCCUUUUGGGUUAGUUAGCCGGCGAGCACUGCAGAGGCGGCAGCAGCAUCGGCGGCGCCGGCGCAUCUUCCUCUUCUUCUUCCCCCCUCCCCCCUAUCGAGUCCAUUUUCACCUCGGCGCGAGGAGGAAGCUGCGAGGAUGGCCGUUUCGAACGUUCGGGCGUUUGAAUUCCACGGCGGCGGCGGCCGUUACCGAUCCAACGGCCGGAUCCCAACGGCCGACGGCGAAUAAUUCAAACGAUAAGAAUGAAAUAACUUCUGUUGUUUUUUUUUUUUAAAUUUGCAUAUUAAAAAUAAUAUCAGGGAAAGCGACCUCCCGUGUGGUAAGAGGAAUAGAUAUAUAGAUAUUUAAAAGAAACAUUUUUUUACCUCAGUGAAGGAUAAAGGGAGGGCGACGCCGCUUAAAAUGAUGCUCAACUCGAUGCUGUUCGGCGAGAUGGCGGCGAGGGCUUUCCCGGCGUCGGCGGGGCCGGCCUCCUCGUCGGGGGUCGGGGGCGAGAUGGACGACGGCGUCGGCGGGGCCCCGCCGGUGACGGCGGCGCUGCGGAACGACCUGGGCUCCAACAUCCACCUCCUGAAGGGGCUCAACGUGCGCUUCCGCUGCUUCCUGGCCAAGGUGCACGAGCUGGAGCGGCGGAACCGGCUGCUGGAGAAGCAGCUGCAGGCGCAGCAGCUGAGCGAGCGCGAGCGGCGCCUCCACUACAAGCGCUUCCCGAGGCACCAGGCCGUGCAGACGGACCCCGUGCCGCCCUCCAUGCCCCCUUACGUGCCGUCCGCGGCGGCGGCGGCGGCGGCCGGGCCUCCUCCUCCUCACCCGCCUCCUCCGUCGUCGGCUUCAUUCUCCUCGUUCCCGCCGGCAUCGGCUCCCGCCUCGCAGCUGCCUCACUCGCACUCGCACCCGCCGUCGCACCACUCCUCCUCCUCCUCGCAGCAGCACUACAGCCGCUUGCCCGGCACCAUCUGGAGCUACACGCAGGUGAGGCGGACGGGCGGAGGCGGCCUGGAGACCCUGCAAGGGCCCGGCGUCUCCUGGGUGCACCCGGACGGCGUCGGCGUCCAGAUCGACACCAUCACGCCCGAGAUCCGCGCCCUCUACAACGUCCUGGCCAAAGUCAAGCGGGAGAGGGACGACUACAAGAGGAGGUGGGUGGAAGGCCGCCGCGGGAAUGGGCUCGGCUUGGGGGGCGUGGGGGGGAGAGUGACACGUGGAUAUUGGGGGGUGGGGCGGGGGCGGAGAGGACCCCGACGCGCGAAUUGGGAAUCUUUGUGUGUAUGGGAUUGACACGUGAAUCAUGGGGUAGCUGCGGCACGUGAAUGGCCUGUUUGUGGGUAUGGAAAUGACGCGUGGAUUAUGGGGUGAGUGGGACAUGUUAGUGGUUUGUGGGGGGGAAUAACACGUUAAUUGUGUCUAUGUAUGGGAAUGAUAUGUGUGGGAAUGGUCUGUGCUUGUGUCGGAGUGGAUUAUUCAAUCAGUGGAACAUGUAUGUGGUUGGGCUGUGGGGGAUGACCUGUAAGUAUUACAAUAAAAAGAUGAAAGAUGAAAAAAAUCUUUUUUAAUAAUUCCAGUGGCACCUUAAAGAUCAACUAAAUAUAAGCUUUCAAGGUAUGAGCUUUUGUGUGUAAUACACACUUUGUCAGAAUUUACACAUGAAAGCUCAUACCUUGAAAUCUUAUAUUUAGUUGAUCUUUAAGGUGCCACUGGAAUUAAUAAAUAAGAUUUUUUUCAUUUUUCAUCUUGUUAUUAUGGCAAUGACAAAUCAACAGGGCUAUCCACCUGAAUCUGUAAGUGUUAUGUGUGUGAGAGGGGGAUGACACGUGGAUUAUGGGAGAGGGUUGGGACAUGAGGAUUGUGGGACGUUGGUUGGAAUAGGACUCAUGAUUUGGGGUGGGGGAGAGUGUCCUAAGCAGUCUUUCCUAUGGGGAGCACUUGUGGCACCUGAGGAAACUGGGCACAUAUGGGAGAGAGAGUGGUGGUGUUAGUGGAGAUAUUUGGGCUAUAUCCCAGCUAAGUCUUAAGGGUAGACCCACCAAGAUUAAUGGAUCUAAGGGUAGACCCACCUAAGAUUAAUGGAUUUAGAAGAAUUUAGAAACUGCCUAGAAUUUGAAAAUAAAAUAAAAUUAAGUGGCAUAACAGUCUUUAAAACCCCCACUACUUUUCAUCAUUUAAUCAGAAACAGAACUAGACACCCAAAACAGGGGCCAGUUUCAUUGGAAAGCUCUGGCAAGUCUUCACAAGACAUCUGAAGCAGCUGUUGGUUGUUGCUUUAUGGAUGCUAGUUAAUCAUGUCCAUUAAUUUCAGUGAUUCUGCUAUGGGUAUGACCAGUGCUGCAUACAAUCUUUUACUGUAUUUCUGACAGAGAGAUGGGUAAUUUGUAGCCCUUCAGAUGUUGCUAGACCACAGCUAUCAGGAUCCCUGACUAUUAGGCUUGCUGGCUGCUGGGAGGUGGAGUCCAGCAACAUCUGGAGGGCAGAAGGUUGGCUAAUAUCCAUCCUUUUACAUUUCCAUCUUAUGAUUUAGUUAUACUUUGUAUUAGGAAAAAAAUUCAUUUCCCUUUUAUGUCUAUUGGCUCACUCAUUUACUUUUUGUAUGAUUGGAAUUGAUUGCAUGGGUACAUUUCCAGUAGAUCAGAGAUGGAAAAUCUAUGCCCUUCCAGAUGUGGUGGAAUUUCAGCUCCCAUAGUCAUGCCUAAACUCUGGCCAUGUUGGCUGGGACUGAUGGAAGUUGGAAUCCAACAGCAUCUAGAGGACCACACGGGUUCCACAUCACUCAUAAGCUCCACUUAAGGCAUUUUCUGUAGUAUGAAAACUCAACAGAACUUCAAAAACAUAAAGCAGCAACAUUAACAAUCAUUUAAAAAUAUAGGCCACCUAAAGCAGUAUUAUAAAGUUCCUGUACUCAUAGAAAACCUAUCCAUCUUAAAAUAGCUCUCUCUCUUGUUAAAGAGAAGGCCACAUAAAGUAAAUGGGGUUUUAACUCUCAAAGGUUCUUUUUAAAGGGAUGUUUGUUUGCAGUUCUAGUAUAAUGUCAGCUGGAUGGAUGGAGUUUAGGAAGAAACGGCUCCUUUGGCCUUCCUAAACAAUUGUAGUUCAUCCGGAAGGUUAAUUUCAUCUCUAUUAUUAGAAGCACAAUUCUAUGCACGUUUACUCAGAACUAAGUCCUGCUGUAUGUUGGGGCUUAUUCUUGGGUAAGUGCAUAGGAUUGGGGCUUUGAUAUAGUCAACCUUUCCUUUGGUACAUUUAUAGUGAAAGUAGUAGAGGGCCUCUUGCCACCCCCACCCCCCAUCAAUGGAUCUAGCUCUCUGGAGUCUUUGGAGGGGGUUUGGAUAGUAGAUUUCUUUCUUUACUUAGCUUCCUACUCUGCCUUUCCUCUGAUAGGCCCAAGACUGUUUAGCAAAUUAGCAUUGGAUGGGUUUAGGUGGUGGUGGGGAUAAUGAUAGAAAGAAUAUUAACCUUCCUUUUCCCCUGCCCCCAUCUGUCCCAGACAUUUGGAAGCUUUUUUGCAGGGGGAGAAGGGCUCAAGGUGAAAUGCAGUGGAGGAGAAAUGAGAGAAGAAGAGAGAUGGAUGGAUGGAAGAGGGAUAGAAAUAUACAGCUGGGGAAUGGAAUGAAUGAAACUGAAGGGGUGAAUAAGAAUGGGAGUAGAGGCAUGUGGAGAAGAGGAAGUGAAGAAAGGGAAACACUGAGUAAGAAGGGGAGGAGAAAAUGGCUGGAGGAUGACAGAGGAAGUGAAGAUACUGGAAGGAUAGUGGGAAUUGGGGAAGAGAGAGAAAUAAGUCAGGGAUGAAAGAUUGUAGUGUAGGAGAGAAGAAGUGGGGGGUGGAGAGCAGGGCAGUAGGGGCAUGGGGAUGAAUGAAAAGGGGGGAGGGAAUAGAGACUGUUAGGAAUGCAUGGGGGAAGGGAGAGGACUGAAAUAUGCUGGAAAGGAGUACACAAAUAGAGUAGGGAGGCCAGCUUGGAAUGGAGCAGAAAGAGGGGGUGGUAAAGAAAGAAAAGGACAUUGAAAUAAAGGUACAGUCGCAAAGAUUGCCAGAAGUUCACUUAGUCUAUUUCUGUCUUAAGACUGAGCCACCAGAUGUUUCUGGAUAACUUCAACCCAUUGUCUAUCCCAGUACCUGAUAUUCAGAAGAAUGUUUGCAGAGUAGGAAUUGGAUAUUCAAAUUAAUAAAUAAGGAUUUCUGGGGAGAGAGAUGAGGAAAUCUGCAAUUGGGGAAGAGGAUAAAUAAGGGGGAGGGGAAGAUAUGCCACUAUCAGGCAAUUACAAAAUUUGGGAUGGGGGCAGGAGUAAGAGAGAGCAGGAUAAAGUAAUAAAUAGUACAUCAGUUCUUACUCUCCAGAGCUCAAAGAGUUAGGCAAAGAUUCACUGUUUACCAUAGAUAACAGUGAAGGGGGGAAUCCUGGUCCUUCUGGCAGAAAGUCAUAUUUAUAAUGCAGUGCUUAAAGACUUAUCCUUGUCAGGGCUUUGUGUUUCUUAGCUUAUCUUGGUAGAGUUGAGGGGUAUGGGGAGAGUUGAUAAUGGGCUGGAGGGGAGGGGGUUUGAUACAGACAUAGAAUGAGGGCCUCUGAGAUGACAGAUGGCAGCCGGGAUUUUGGUAUGUAAAUCUCAACUCCUUCCCAACCCAGUAGGAAGUGGGGGCAGCACAUCAGGUGGGGGAAGGGGAUCGAAAGGGGGAGAUGAUGAACAUGGGCGGGAACAGCACUUCCCAUUCCACCCACGCACAUGCCAAUAGAGCAGGAAGUGAGUUCUUGGGGGAACUGGAGAGGGAGGGUGUGAGUUUGAAUAAAGUGAGAUAAAAAAGGAAGUGGUUGUUUGAAUACAAUUUUUACCUUCUUCCUUUAGGACAAGAGAGUGGUGACAGAUGGGCCCUGGGGUAGACUUCAUGAUGAUAAGUGAGAUGAGGGAUGGGAUGAGGUGCUGUAUUUCACAUGAAUAAGGCAAAACAGUUGGCUGAUUAGUUCAGUGGGCUCCCUAGUUGUGGAAGAAAUAGACAGUAUAAAGUCUGAGACGGAUGGAGGAUGAAGAGGAGUGAAGGGGAUUGUGAAGUGGCUUCAUGGGGAGCAUAUGGUGGUUCUGUGCAGAGCAGGAUGCAGUGUCAAAUUUAAACACUGUGAUGCUGCAUGCUCUAGUGCAGAGUGGGAAUUGAGUUUAUGACCCUUGACAGAGGAGUAAUUUUCAUAAGGUGGGUACUUUGCAUGAUGUUUCAAUUAGGGCACUGGAAAAGGCCUAUGUUCGGUACAAGAUGGCAGCAUGAAUGGUUAGGGAAUCUCUCUGUGCAGUACUGGUUUUCUGACUGUCACUGUAGGAAAAGGUGGGAGGGUGGAGAGAGAGAGAGAGAGAGAACUGCAGCAGGAGAUGAAAUGAGUGCUUUAGGUUAUGGGAUAGAGGGUAAAGGUGAUGCCCUGCCUGUUGAGCUGAGCGGCUGCAAUGUCACCUCAAUAAAAAUUGGAUAAUGCGUACCUGUGUCCUCAUGUCAAAGAAAGAAGGAGUUAAAAUUAUUUGUAAGAUGACACACCAUAGAAUUAGGGUUUGGGUUGUAGAAAAGGAAAUAUAUACAAAAGACUCUCUGCCUAAUCUACUCAAGGGAAAAGAUGAAAUCGAGCAAAUUGAGUAUUUCUUUGAACUCUGGUAGUCAGGGUUGUGGGUGGGUUCCUGCCCGAUUAGGAAGAUACCUCUGGCAAGGACAUUAUAGAGACAUCUGCUUUUUUGCUCUGUGUUUACAAUUUGGUAGCAAAAGCUGGUUGGGGAUUUCUCCUUGAUGAGCCUGCUUUUUGGCUCCUGUGAAUGAGCUCAGUGGUGCAGUAUUUAGACUGAGAACACUGCAGAGGAAGGGAUUGCAUCCAAACAAAGCUGUUUGAAUAUAAUGCUUGCCUUAAAAAAAGAAAAAAUCACCUGUGCAGUCUCAUUUCCUAUAAACUCAAAGUAGAUUUGAGCAUAUUGAGUUGCCUCUUUAGUAUGCUGACUUUCUCCCCUGUUAUAUGGUAUGUGUGUUGUGUAGGUGUAAAUAGGAAUGUAGGAAGAUGGCUAUUUGAAUAGGUAACUGCCUUGAGAAAGCUGCAGGAUGCAACCUUCCUUAAGCUAGACCUUCUGUUGCCUUUAUAAACUGGGCGUAAGCAUUCUCUUUUUAAUUGGUAGACACCCACUCUUUUUUAGGGCCCGGCUAUUCUGCCUGUCCUUAUCGUCAUACUUCAUGUUGGACUGGAAUUUUCCUCAUAAUACUUUUGAAAUAUUCUGUAGAUAUAAUGUAAUCAUGACUUUAAAAAUUGAGAAGGAAAUGUUAUGGUCAGUCUUGGCUCCCACUUCCACACUGUAUUGUUUCUAGGUACAGUCAGCAAACAGGCUUCCUCUUGGUCCCUGUUCUGUAUAUUUCAUAUGAAAUUUACUCUAUAAUGUGGAGUAAUUGUGGCAUACAUUACCUUUAAAAGUUGGCUGGAACUCUUAACUCUAUCAAAUACUUUUAAGAUACAUUAAUGCUGAGUUUAGAAAAGAAUGAAUAUUUGAAGAUGUUGACCUUUGGGUUUGUAAACAGCAAUAAAAACAUUUUUGUCAUUAUUAAGGCUUUUAUUUAUAGAUGAUAACAAAAUAAUUAAAAAGAACAUAACAAUCUUUUCUGUUUUUUGUUAUUUUAAGGGCUCAGUCUCCAGCACUAUUUUUAAAAAUAACGCUCAUAGUUUUUUCUACUUUUAAAGAAACUGUCCUUGCUCUUUAUGCUCUGACUCUUUAUUUUGAAGUUGCUUACCCAAGUCUUGUUUGGGUAUUUAAACUCUUUACUGUUAUUAUGCAAAGCAGAUGGCAUUGUAAAUGUAUGUUAUUUAUUCAUGGUUUUGGUAGCUUACUGUGGAUGUUCUAAAAGGUAUUGCAACACAUAAGUGAUCCUGAUGGUGCUGUUGUGGGUAAGAGCCCAUGGAAAUGUCAUAAGGCGGUACAGCAUAUAUUGGCUGUCUGUUUACAGCAGAACAAAUAAUCUAACAUAGGACUGUUUCUGAAGCUGGUCCUACUCUGAGUAAACCCAUUGAAGUUGAUAGAAAUGCCCUACUAAGCUCCAUUAGUUUCAGUGGAUCUUCUCUGAGUAGAACUUACUGGAUACAACCCAAAAAGUGAAAAGUCCUGAAUUUCCUCUGUCGUCAAUUGGAGGAUUCAACUGUAGAUACAAUUGCUGGCGCUCCCCUCCCCCUGGUGUGUAAUUCUAUAAGCUGUAUAUGGUCCCUCUUUUAAGUAGCAAAUUCACAGAGGUUUGUUACCGAUCACUUCUCUUAAAACAUUUUAAUUACAUUUUUAUUGUGUUCUUUCUCCAUGGCACUAAGGGCAGUGUGUGCGCCCUCUUUUGUUCACAGCAACCCUGUGGACUAGGCUAGGCUAAGAGAUGGUGAGUUUCAUGCCUGAGUGGAGGCUGAAUAUGGGUCAACACUAUUAUUAUUAUUAUUAGUAGUAGUAGUAGUAGUAGUAGUAGGACCACCCUGCCCGACUGACUGGGUUGCCCUAGGCUACUCCAGUGGUGGGUAAGGCUACCCCUAGGCUACCCCUCAGUGGUGGGUAAGAAUGAUCAUCAGACACUGAAUUUUUAAAAAUGUGCUAGAGAAAUAAUUCCUUCUCUUCCCUCCCUUCUUCAGUGUGUAUGUGGGUGUCCACAGGAUACACAGUUUUUGUGGACUCACUUUGCAUUGCUGGCUGCUUGUGUGCGUUUGGGCAUAAGGAAACAUGGCUGGCAUGGUAUUAGGGGAUAGGAGAGCAAUAAACUCAUUGUAACUCAAGGCCCAGAACAAAUACAUGGAUAUUACAAUAAUUUAUUUCUGUGGGAAGUCUGACAUCCCACUCUAAUCUAAGACUUCAGUUGUUUUAAGUGAAAAACCACUGAAAUCUCAAAGAGAAUGUAUGAGUUCAGGUUCAUAGUUGUUGGUUUUUUAAGCAGAAGUUGACAAGUGAGAAUACAAGUUAUUAUUGUAACUUGUAUCCUCCCAUUUUCUUGUUCCUGCAAAAUAGUAUCCUCCACAAAUAAAUCCAUGAGUGGCACACUGAUACAUGAAAUUUGUAAAUGAGGCUAUGGUGGAUUAAGAAUCUAUGUGACUGCAGUUCUCAACUGAAAAAGGAGAAAUAAAGGCAUUACAGUCUUUGCAAGUGGUUUGAAGGAAAACUGGCAUCCCAAUCCAUACACAUGUGCAACUGAUCCAGGGAACCAGUCCUGUAAUCACACUUGGUUGUCAGCUGGUGUAUGCAUGUUUACUCAUAAGUAAGCCAGUUGAAACUUGCUUAGGAUUGCAGCUCUUGGUCCACAUUAGGUUUUUUGCUGUGGUAUCUACUAACUUGUAGAAGAACCAUUAGCUGAUCUGUUUUUCAUCGGCUUCAUAUCAUAAAGAUUGUACUGACUGUAUGGUGUUAGGAAUACCAUGUGCUUUGAACAAAAGGCAAAUAAGACAUUUCUUGGACCAGGUAGUUAGCUUAAACUUUCAUGUUUUUGGUUCAGAGUAAUGCUCUGUGAGGUCUAAUAGUAAAAAUAAAAAACCCACACUCCCCCCAUAUUACUAUCAUCUCACGACUUGUUUUCUUUCUUUUUGAUGCUUAUGACAAAGGUCCAUACUUGCUCUAAAAUCUGAUAUUUAUUUUUUGCAUUACAAAAGUCAGUCUUCGCUCAGACUUCUUGUUUCUAUCGUGGCAUUUGGUCUGAAAUGUUUAGGGUGUGUCUGUUUAAAGAUGCUUAGAUUUUUAUCUCUGGUGGUGCAGUAUAUGUUGAUAAAUAUUGCAAUAAGAUCUUGGUGUGUGGUUUGAAUUAAUAACUCUGUGUGGCCAGCUAAAGACUGCCUAGUUAGUGAAAAUCCCUCAUAGAGUCUUCAGUAUUCUCAUUUCUGAAGAGGUCUUUUCUUUGCAGAAAGCCUAUUGAUCAGUCUGUCUGGAACUUUAGUUCCAGCACUUGAAUGGAUUUGUAUAUUAUGGUUCCAAAAUUGUCUUUAAUUGGUCCAGACAUUGAGUGUUUAUCAGGCAGUUGGGUCCUCUUGUGACUGUGGAGAGAAAACUAACUUGUUAAUAUUGGUUGAGCUGGAAAUAAUUGCUUUUCCUCAGGUUGCACUUUGAUUUGGCAGAUUAAUAAAGUCCAGUUGAGGAUAGGGAUUAUUCCAAAUUUUCUGCAGCUGGGGAGGGGAAAGGUUAUCAUUGCCAAAGGGAAAGCGUGACAAAACUAACAAACUUUUGUUUUCCAAAUCUAAGGAACUUAAGCACAUUUUUAUUAAAAGCAAUCUGUGAGGAAUGUCUAAAUCAACUUUUAAGUUAAAAUAUCACUGUAACAAGAUGCAAAUGUUAUACUAGCAAAGGCCAAUCAAAAACAAAUGAUUUUUGAUAUGGGAAGGAAUUCCAGUGAAAUUAUAAUUCUCUUCUGACCAUGUUCCUUGUGCUACCUUGCUAUGGCUUUAUUGCAUUUCUGAUGUUUUUUGGUGUGGGUUUUUCUUAAUGAGAAAAUGUCUAAUCACUAUAGUUUCCAAGAGUUCUUUUUUGUUUUCUUUUUCAUUAGGAGUUUGUACUAAUGAAUAGCUUUGAUGCAGAAAGUUGGUAUUGCCAACUGAUUUGUGUCAGUUUUUAAAUGCAGGGCAGAGCCAAUUCUAAAGUUUUAAGUGCAAGUUUCCUAACAGUAGAGCUAUAAAUACCACAAUCUUGGAUGCAUUUUGUUUUUUUCACUGGGAAUCUCCGCACACGUGUGUGCCAGCCAUUUUGCUGGUAUACACACGAUUCUAUCUUUCAAGAAACUUUGAAUUAUUAAGGUGAUAUCCAGUGCAAGUAAUCAAAGUAGACCCAUUGAAAUCAAUGGACUUAAUUUCAGUGGGAAUAUUGUUGGCUGUUACCCAUAGCAUUUUUAUAUUUAAGAUACAUCCUGAUUUAGAGAUGGGAAGGGGGAGCAAAUGCAGUGAAUACGGGCCUUUAAAAUGAGGUAGCUCUUUCUUCUCAUUUGGUUGUGGUAUUUCCAUCACAAUGCUAGGUGAGCUGCUGCCUUGUGAGCCAUAGGCUAAGGCUUAAAUACUGAAGCUGAAUCAAUAGAAUUGAGAAUAAAUGGGCAAUAAAUCUCAUGCCGUAAAACUGCUUCUGAUAAUUCUUUGGCUGUUUUCACUGAGUCAGUCUAAUUUCUCCUUAUCUAACAUUCUUGUGCUUAUCUCUGCUAGGGUUGUAAUCAGAAGUCACAAACGUAUUGCUGUUAAUUAUGUGAAAGUGUGUUGAGGUGAUCACCAAGGCCAGCUUUCCUCAGCCUUUUGCUCUCCUGGUGUUUUGAACUACAGCUCACAUCAGUUCUAACCAGCAUGGCCAGUGGUUAGAGUUGAUGGGGGUUGUAGUUCAAAACAUCUGGAGGGAAUUAGUUUGGAGAAGGCUAAGCAAGACUCUCUAAGGGUUAUGAAAAAAAUCGUGCCACUUAACCAUGUAGAUAAGAUUUGGGGUUGUAUCCAGAAUUCACCAUACUCUGAGUAGAUUCAUGGAAAAUAAUGGACAUUCCCACUGAUUUCAGUGAGUCUUCUCUGACUUUGUUGUUGGCAUCCGUCUGUUUUGGGAGACAAUGGAGUGGAAUUGGAACUGUUGGAGCAGGCUUCCUCAACCUCGGCCUUCCAGAUGUUUUUUGGCCUACAACUCCCAUGAUCCCUAGCUAGCAGGACCAGUGGUCAUGGAUGAUGGGAAUUGUAGUCUCAAAACAUCUGGAGGGCCGAGGUUGAGGAAGCCUGUGUUGGCGGGUCGCAGUGCCUGCUGUGUCUGUAGAAACUGAUGCGGGAGAGACAUGUUUUGUUGCAGAUUAAGGCAUCUGGUUGCGCUGCUGCAGAAUUUAGCUAAAUAAAAAGCUUGGUUUUUCUCCCCCAUACAAAAUCCUCAUAAUACAUACUAGUUAGUAGUUUAAGCUUUCAUGGAGCCUUUACAUUCUUGAAGUGUCUGGUGUAUCUUGCCAUUUGAGUGUUUUGACCACUAAUCUUCUAGGAAGUUCUACUUUAUAUUUCCUUUUCUUUUAAGUAGCUCUGCAGCACCAGCCUCUUAAAUCCAGUUCAAAUAGUAUCUGAAGACAUGAGCAGGGACGACUUGGGUGAAAAUAGAAACCUAGACACAAGAUAUUUCUAGCUCUUCAUUAUGUGUAAUCAUAGGCUUAAAUGGCUGUAGAAAGCAGUCCAAGUGCUGGACUGUCUGUAGCUAAAGUAAGAAUGAGGCUGAUGUAAAGCUCAGCAGCUGCUUUUUUAAAAAACUGCAGUUCAGGCUUUGUGGGGACACUGCCAGGAUUUUGCCUUUUGACUCCUGUGCAGCUUUUAUUUUUCCCCAGGGCUGUUGACUAAUCUUAGGGCUGUGCUUUUAAAAGUUGAGAAUGUGAAGAUUUGUAAUUUGGAUUGUGUUUAAUAUAUGGCAAAGCUACAGAUCUGUGAAAAGGAAUGAAGAUGGCUGUUGCCAUUGCUUAAAAUCUGAAUGCAAGACUUUUUGAAAAAUGAUCAAUAUUUUUGUAUUUUUCCAUAGGAUCUAGUGUAGAGUGCUCCAUCAAACAUUUUUCUAGUGUGGAUAGCUGCCCAGCCAGUAAAUAAAAUCAAGAAUAUUUUAAUGCUCUUGAAAGGUUUGACUCAUUGGCCACACAACCAGUAGAGCUCAAUGUUAUGCUUCAGUGCUUAAAUAAAACUCUGGCUAUAACAGGUUUCAGCUUUCUUUUGUCUUCAGUUGCCUUACUAAAGUCCUGCUGAGUGCUGUUUCCACUAGCCUAGUUUCCAUUGCUGUUUUUCAACCUCUCAGUGUUUGAAAUGUGUGUGCAGGUAGAUCUGCAGCAUAGUAAUGUACCAACUGUUUCUUAGGUUCUGUUAAUGGCAGAUGGAUGCUGGCUUCUAGAGGCUUUUUCCCCUGUCAGAAGAUCUACGAGCUGUACCACCAACCUGGAAGAAAUAUAGAAGUGUUUCUUUAUUAUGAUUCAUAUCUUUAUUUCCUUGAUCCUCAUUGAGCACAAAAUUAUUUAGAUAUCAAAGGCUGCAAUCUUAUACACGAUUACCUGGAAGUAAGUCCUAUUCAACACAGUAGGAUUUGAUUCUGAGUAAGCAAAUGUGUGAUUGCACUGUAAAUAUUGAGGUGUGGGGAUGUAAAUAUAUAUCGUUUCUUCUGUCUAAAGUGAUGGUGAUCCAGAAGAGGGAUAUGUGCAUGCUCUGGAGAGAAUAGCACAUACAACCAGUCAAUGCUAUGGAGUUCAGGUUCCAAGGACCGAGUGACCAGUCACUCAAACCUUACAGCAGCUUGUCUCCGGUAUUGGAACUGCUGAAAUGAAAUAAAGAUGUGAAGUCCCAAUUCCACAUGUUUUGAUGGGUGAAUGGGUAGAUUUUUCAGUCUCUUGCAGCCUUGUGGCACCUUAAGCACAUUUCUUUGGAUCCUGACCACAAAAUGCUCAGCAAAAUCCAGCAACUGGCAAGCUUUAUCCUCCAUAGUCCCUCACUUGACUGUUUUUCUUCAUUUUAAAGUAUGUGAGAAGACUUCCAUUUUAAUCUCAGAGGAGAAGAAUAAUUCUAUGCCAUUGAUGUAGUUGUUUCAUCUACAGCCUAUUACAUCAGCCCCAUCCCUAAAUCUCCUUUGCAAACAAGAACGUUAGAGCAGCAGAGAGAAUGGUAUUCUGUCUCCAUUAAUGAUGUGCUUUGCUUGUUAAUAACACAGAUCUGCACUCUGCUUGUGUUAUUGUGUGAAACUGAAUCAUAGAUGGUGCAUUUUAAGUAUGGGCAUGUCUGGCAAAGGGUAAUCUGCACUCAUGUGGCAAAUAUUCAUUCACUGGCUGCUGUAAUCCUGCCAGGAUUCACAUAGUCUGCUUUAUCCAGCCAUAAUUACUUGGAAUACAAUAUUAACCCACACUAGUGAUAGAAAUGUAAUCUUAUCUUGAAUGUUUCUUAGUAUUUUUUCCUUUGAAAAGUCGCUCAGAAUCAGCUACCACAGUUCAGGAGCAAAGCUCAGAGAUAUAAUGUUGAUAUAAUAUUCCUCUUGCCUUCAUAUUGGAAGUCUAUGGUUCGUUGGAAAUGAACAUCAAUGUAUAGGGCUGUGCUGUAAGUUUAUUUAAUGUCUAAAACUGUGUGAACGAAAUAAUAAUUUAUAUGUGUUCAAUAAUUGUCAUGAGGGGCAGAAAAAUUAUUAGCUACUAGGACUGCACACGUAGAUGAAUUUAGAUGUAGGCUUAGAGGGAGACAUUGGAGUGGGUAUAUUGUUAUAUAGAUGCUGCAAAUGAUAGGCUGGAAUAACUGUUGUGCACCACAAAUGCUCUUUUUAUAAUAUUUUGUGAAGGGUUUUUGUUUACCUGCAGCAUGUGGGGCUGGUUAGACUUUUUCUAAAAAAUAAAAAUAAAAACCUUUAUCAGUGUAGAAAUAAAUUUGUGGAAUUGGCUGUUUGAAAAUCUGAAUUGCCACUUGCUACUGCAGUUCUCUCAUGCACAUUGCUGGUUUCAGGUGUAUCAACUGGCUUUAUUUCCAGUGUGCUUUCCAUCUGCUCUCAACUUCGUAUUGCAUAGAUGCUUUAGGAGGCUGGAUAAAUUUAUAACUUCUCUUGAUUGCGUUGACUUUGCCUUGCAUGUGAUUUAAAGAGGAUGCAAGCACAUGACCCACCCAGUCUAGCACUCUAGUAAUUGCACAUUGCUCUAUUGAGGAGUGAAUAAUGAAGUUAUAGCAUCUGCCAGUGUGUUCCAUGCAGCCUGUUCUUUUUAUUAAAGUGAACAUUGUUGGGGCUAUAAUACUUCCAUUGCUAUAACUCUUGCAACUCCAUGCACUUGCAGAGAUUACUAAAUAGCUACUGCACUGGCUGACAUAAAGCCACCAACAGUGGAACUGAUACAGAGAAUAAGGCUGUAAUACUGCACCUACUUACCUGAGAGUUAGCUCCACAGAACAAACAUAUAUAGGAUUGUGCUAUAUGUAUGGGAGAGGAGGAGUCUUAGCAUUAGUGUGGGUCCCACUUCAACUGCCUCCCCAUAGGUGGUUCAUAUGUUCAAAUCCUUCUAAUCCUUGUCCAAUAUAUUGCGGCAGGAAUAUGAAAGAACUGCUUUCUUAUUAUACAGCUAUUACUUCAAGAGAAUACACUGCCCUGGAGAUCUAAGUUAGGACAAAUCUAUCAGUAAUAACUUGAAGAGAGUGCUCAAGACCAUGCACAUCCAGUCAUCCUGCUUGGAGGGAAAUCCAGUGUAGGAAAGUUUAUUUGAGUAGAUAAAGGUUUUCGAGCCUGUGCCACUUAGGGAGGUGAACUCCCAGCAUCCUGGAAACCAGAUUGCAACCAUCUUCUCCCAUAAAAGCUUAUGACAUUGGUACCCUGGCACUUCCUUGAUGUACCAAAAUAAAUUCAUUCAGUUUUCAAAAGCAAGUAUGUCAAUGCUGUUUGUAAAGCUUCUGAUCAAAUUGUGAUACACCUGAAAUUCUUCUUUGAGGAAACUAUAUUUCAUUAAACAUGGCUGUGUCAAUUAGAGUGAUACUCUAGUCCUGAUUCUUAUCUGAAGUUUUGCUUGCAAAAUUCUGUGGUGGAGAAUAACAAUACAUUUACUUGAAAUACAACAGCCAUAUGGUUAUCUUAUUGCAGUGUAUCAGUAUCAGAUUGGUUGCUAUAAUGAAGAUGAAAGAAACACCAGUAAUAGUUGUGCAGCUUCACUCUCACUGGAUCUUCCACCAAGUAUAAAAGCCUAAAUCUGAAGUUCUUGAAAUGUACAAUAUUCAUCUCUCAAAUGGGUAGUAUUCUGCUUGUGGCUGUUCAAAAACCAAAAUGCACCAGCAUUAAUCUUUAGGUGCCUGUAAGCUCUUUGUGUUGCUAGCCACUUUUAUUUAAAGGAAGUAGACUUUUUUUCCCUAAACUGAAAAUUAGGAGUUUUAGUGCAAAGAUAUCCUGUAAUCUUUUUUUAAAAAAACAAUCCUGUAAUGUUUACAAGGGUAAUGCAGUAUACUUUGCUUUUUGUUCAAACAAAUAUCCAAGUUGCAUUUGGUGUUGAUCAAAAAGUUUUUUAAAUGUGCCUUCACCAUGCAUACACCUACAUUGUUUCUUAGCCUUCAUGAUCAGUGUGUGUGUGUGUGUGUGUGUGUGUGUGUAAAAAUUUCAUCAUAUUUCUUUCACCAUAGUAAAAUGUUGCUUAAAAUUCAGUAGACAUUUGAGUAUUAAUGUAAUGCAGCUAGUCUGACAGGUAGUUUACAAUGUGGCGAUAUAGAUAUUGCUUAGGCAAGAAAAUGCUCUCCAAAACAUGAGUUCUGUAUUUAAUUAUCUUGCACCCUGGAGCUCUUUUCAGCAAGCUAAUCCUCUGCUCUUCAGAUUGCCAAAAUAAUUACCUCUUUCAAAAGUGAGCCAAAAGAAUUCUGUUUUUACCUCCAGUUAUAAUAACUGCAGUUACUACAAAAAGCAAAGAAUGACUUUCUCUUUUUUUUUUACCACAGAUGUUUCAUAAGCCUUGCUGCUAAUUGUUUUUCCAGUAGGACUUAGAUCAUAUGAAAGCAGUUAACAUUCAGUUUGCUAAGGGAUAUUUUUGGAAUAAAAAUUUACCACAUAAAUUAGUCUGCAGAAAGGAGAGCUUACUGCAACUUUUGAACUAGUUCUGGUCAGAUAGAGAAUGGCAUUCCUUUCGACGUAUCCAUGUAGGGUAGACUGACUCUGUAGAAGGAGGCUCUUGCAGAAGAGCUGGCACACUGGCUGACAUGGGCAUCACACUGUUCAGUGGGGAGGAAUGUGAUAUAUGUACAAGAAUAGUCUUCUCUAGAAACUUGUUUACUCCCCUGUAAGCAUAUUUGAGUUGUAAGUGAAUCAUUCUUGUGACUGUUGUCUUAAGCAGAUGGACAUUAUUGCCUGACACUGAGGAACUCUUAAUAUACAAUAAGACGUUUCAGUGUAUGAUAGUUAAAACAAACAAGAAUGAAAUAAGAAAUACAAUGUACCUGUAUCUCUAGUUGAAAUCUGUGUGAUAUGAAUUUCUUCUUAAAUGUGAGCAGAGCAGUUUAUGGCUUUUUACUAUUAUUCCAUAUAAUGAUUCUAGGUAAACCCCUCAGAUUUUUACUGACUAGGAAUAGCUGCUACAAUACAGCAGCUAUGUACUGCAGGAUGUGGUUUUGAACAAUUCCCCAAGCUGCUGUGGAGCUGGUUUCCCUGUUGUCUUUUAUUUUCCUCUCUGAAUUGGUUCCUUUCUGCUGAAUCUGGAGAUCAGUAAUACAAAGGCCUUUGUGGCUUUCAUCCCAGUUAUAAACUGCUACAGUCUGCCCUUCAGAAAACGUCAGGAAGGUGAUUCAGAAGCAUUUGUUCAGUCUUGGCAACUUGGAAGAAAACGUAUUGUAGAAAACUUGCUACAUUCACUUUUCCUUUUUCAAGCUACUAACUUUCCUGUUGCUUCAACUAAGCCUACAAAACAUGUGUCCUGUUUACCAUGGCAUGUUUCAGUGUAAUUUUAAGGAGUAGCUCUUUUGAAGGGUUCCCCUAUUUUUUAGGAUCGCCUUAAAAAGAAGGUUGUUUCUGAUGCAUCCUUUGAGGUGGUUCUCUUUAGUACAGUUUUUUGUCUGGAGAGUGCUACAAAUAGUUCAUGAUGCCUAGAGAAAUGUUCUGCAACCUUGGCUCCCCAGAUGUUGCUAAACCACAGCUCCCAUCAUCCCUGACAGUUGAAUAAAUUGUUAUGGGAAUCUCCAUAUAUCACCUAAAUCAUGGAUAGGCAAACUAAGGCCUGGGGGCCGGAUCCGGCCCGCGGACAGUCCAGGAAUCAGCGUGUUUUUACAUGAGUAGAAUGUGGCCUUUUAUUUAAAACGCAUUUCUGGGUUAUUUGUGGGGCCUGCCUGGUGUUCUUACAUGAGUAGAAUGUGUGCUAUUAUUUAAAAUGCAUCUCUGAGUUAUUCCCCCCCCCCAAGAAAAUAUAGUCCGGCCCCCCACAAAGUCUGAGGGACAGUGGACCAGCCCCCUGCUGAAAAAGUUUGCUGACCCCUGACCUAAAUUAUAUGGAUGCCAUGCCAUCAGAGUUGUAUGGCAGGGAUGAGGACCCUGUGGUUCUCUUGAUGACAGUGGACUCCCAUCAACCCCAGCCAACAUGGUCAGUGUUCAGUGAUUAUGGGAGCUGUGGUCCAAAAAUAUUUAGAGUGUCACUAGUUCUCAAUCCCUUCUCUAUUCAGGUAAGGCUGAAAAAUUGUGGCAUUGAUUAAUACUCAGAAUACUAAUUUUAAAUUCUGCAGUUUACAAUGUGUGUUGCAAAUAGCAUGUGAUCAGGCUGCUUGGUUAGAAGGACUCUGAGCUGUUGAGCACGUGGAGCAGGCUAGGACAGAGAUAUCCCAGCUCUUAUUUCAGUGAAGUUCCUUUGGUUUAAGCAAAGAAAAUCUUUGCAAUGGUAGCUGGAGCAUAGCAUGCAUACAGAUCUUACCACAAUAGAUUGAAAUGUAUUUAUUUGCAAGUUCUGCACAAGAGCUGCUUGAGGAGGUGUUGCCCUGCUGAAAUUAACGACAGAACUUUGAAGAAUGCGGUCAAAACCACAACCCAACACAUUCCUCUCAGCUCUUCGUAAAGCUAAGCAUGGAGGAGUUUUGCUAUUACAAAGCUUGGAACAAAUACAACUUUGCUCUUUGUUACAGUGCAGAGUGUUUAUUGUGGCUCCAACAACAAGUUGUUGCUUCCCCCCCUUCAGGUGAAUUUAAUCACCAUGCAUAAUUGUUCAGUGCUUACAAGGUACUAGCUCACCAGGCAUUAUCAUUGUUCUGACAUGUGCAUACCAGACCUAUGAAAUCUCUUGCUAACAUUUUCCACCAUCAGGAGUAUUUCCAUUUUGGGGCAUAAUUAAUGAGAACAGGUACAGAAGCCAACUUGAUGGGACUGUUUGCUCAAGUCUCCUGCAUAUAGAAACUUGGUAGCAUCAUAUCAAAAACUAAGAGAAGAGACAGUGUAGUUCACAGGUAGAUUAGUUCAUUCUGUGCAGAAAGUCUGAGGGUCUGUCACUGGCAGCAUCAUUCUCCAAGUAGAGCUGGGAAGGACAGGGAACCCUGGAGAGCAGCUGCCUGCCAGUGUUGACAGUAUAGAAUGUUGUUUUUGUUAAAAUUAGUAUACUGAACUUCAUCGUUUGAGGAAAUAAUGCUCUAAGUUGCAACCCCUGAGCAGCUUUAGCCAGCUUUUAAUGGAAUUGGAUAUUCCCAUUAAAUUAAAACAUUUUUCACAGAGCUGUUCAGUAUCCAUUCAGUUUUGUAUUUCAGUAAGCAUCUUGCUAGAAAUAUAAACACAGACUUGCUAAAAUGCAUGCAGUUAUUCUGGUUACUUACAGCUAUUUGUCAUCUUCUUGUUCCCUCCUCAGCAUCGCCUACCAAGUGCUGACUAUCAUCAAUGAUUUGAAAAGCUCUUGUCUGUGGUAUACUUGUCUCUGCUGUUAAUGGUUUAAAGGAGCACCUAAUGGCAUACAGUAAAGAGAAGCUAACUCAAAACGCUGCAUCUUUAUUAGUUGAAUUCUGCACCAAGGCAAGCUGGUAUAAACUUCAAAAAUUACCUAGAUGGAGGGUACUAAUUUUCCACAAUUUUGUUUUAUCUUAGUUAUAAGCAUCAUUUUUGCAUCGUAUUAAUUCGUGGAACUAGUACAUCAAAUGUUGCCUUUUGACAUUUUUUUUAAUGGCAUUGACGUGGAUGAGAGAUGUAGCUCCCCUCGAAUGACGAUUUCCAAUCAGACAUCCUUGGCAGUUGCCACAGUGAUGUAACCAGCAACUAAAAAACCAUUAAUGCCAGCCCUGGUGAUUGGGAAAUGACUCUUUAGAUGGAUAUAGGGAGAAAGAGAUUAGUAUGCAUGUUACUACAGACCCACACAUGAGUAAUUUCAAAGUAAACUGGUUGUGUUUGAGCAUGAGGAACAUAAAAUCUCUUGCCAGCAUUAGCAAACAGUACGGCACACCCUGCCAGUCAGGUGCACCUUGGGAAAACAUGGCCAUCAAGAGAUCUGAAGCGAUUUAAGACAAGCAGCGUUGCCAUGGGGCAGCAAGUGGAAAAACGUGUCUCAAGCCCGUGACUGUGGGGCAAGGGGGUACCACCCAGGGUGCAAUUACCUGGGCCUGGCACUCGCUGUUCUUUGUUCUUCAUCCUUUUGUCUAAUGCUGGCGGGGCUCAUGACAGAAUACCUUAGAUGCUUCUCAUCGAAGAGAUGAGCAAACUAGGUGUAACCCUCAUGCCCAGAUGAAAAGCUGACAUCUGUUAUUACACUCUCUCAUCCUUGGCUCUCACCAAAUGAAGAAUUCCUUUCAACACCUAAGUGUGCAUGUGUGUUCGAUCAUCCCUUGAAAUUAUCACUUGACAUUGGAACUGUGGAAUUCUGCCACUAGUAUGUUGAUUAAAGCAUGCACCUGAUAAUCACAAUUAUUUCCAUGGAAGCUUGAGAACCAACCUCUAUUGGUUCAUAUUAGGAGCAAACAUGGCCUGCCCUCCUUUCUUCACAAUGUUCUUUAGCUCUCCAUGUGCAGUUAAGAGGCAUUUUAAAAUUGUACCCAACAAUUGUUUAAUGGUUUGUCUCCCUGGGAGGGGUGAUUUUCAGUCUGUGACUGUGACAUAAUCCUCAUCCUAUCAAGCUUGUUGGUUUGGUGUCUGUUUGGUUUGGCAGCAAAAUGGGAUCACUCUCUGGGAAGGUCAUGGUUUCCCCACAUACUGCCUAGGUAUGCAGGAUUUGGGGGGGUGGGAGGAGAUUUUCUUUAACACCUUCCCCCUCAUAGAAUCAAAGAAUUUUAUUGUUGGAAGAGACCCCCAAGGGUCUUCCAGUCUAGCGCCCUGCGAUGCAGGAAUCGCACAUUGCUCACCUGCUCUUUGCAUGAAGAAGAUCUCAAGCUCAGUCCCCAGCAGCAUGUCCAACUGGGGCUGGGAAGAUCCUCUAGCUGAAAUCCUGGGCAGCCUCUGCUGCCAGUCAGUGUAGACAGUACUGGACUAGAUGAACCAAUGGUUUGACUUAGUACAAAGCAGCUUGUGAUGGUCCUAUAUGAGACAACCUGGAGUUAUUUGUUCUAUUCUUUAAAAACACACACACACUAAAAAACAACACUUUCCUUUAGUAUAGAAAUAAGUUCAGUGCAAAUGUUCAGGCCAAUGCAACUUCUUCCCCAUCUGUACAGUUUGCAUCCCUAGCAGCAUUUGACUCUCCACCACUUAUCAGUCAGGUACAGGUCUCACUCGUCACUGUGGAUCCACUUGGCAUCGCCAAUCCUGAGUGUGUUGCUCCUCUCCAGCUCUGCCACCACACUGCCCUUGAAGGUCAGUUCUGCCACCAGGAAAAAGAACUCGCCACACGUUCUCAUCUGUGAGUGAGGAGACAGUCCAGUAUUCAACCUCCAUUUCUUUUGUCACCUUGAGGGUAUCCCUCUUGAUGAAGCUGUAUUUCACUGGAGAGCUAAGAUCCUUCCUGAGAAUGACGUUGGAAGGGUUUUUCUCCUUCAGGGCAUCAACCAGUGACUGCCUGGUAUGGCCCAGGGAGGCCAUGUCAUUCAGGUCGAAGAUGAUGAUUAUAGGUUGAGCCCCGUGGUAGUAGGUGGAGGCGAUGCAUUUGAAGCACUCCUGGCCAGCUGUGUCCCACAGCUGCAGGCACCUCAAAAUGCUCCAUCUCUAAGUCCACCCCAAAGGUGACUUUGUAGUUAUUGUCAAUAGUGUCUCUGCAGACUGAUUGAUCAAGCGGUUCUUCCCCACAGAGGUCGCCAACCACAAUGAUCUUGGAAACUAAACCCCACGGUCCCUGUCCACUGGGCCUAGCACAUCCCAACCACUUUGGAGUGGAAGGAGGUCAGCCCCUUUGGUGAAGCACCAUGGCAGUUCGGCAAUGAUGUGGUUUCUUCUGAUGGGGGCAAGGAUGUUCCUCAUUGGGACAUGAGGUUUGACUGCAGAGCUCUCCAGUAGUCCCACCUGGACUGAACUUUGUGCCUUCUGAAUGCAAAGCAGCUGCUCUGUCAGAUCUACUCGCAAAAUAUCAAAGCUUGUUUUUCAAAUCCUCCAUCAGACAGGGAGGGAGCAGAUAUCCCAGCAGACCUCAACACCUCUCCUGGAUGGGGGCAAGAGGAGGAGGGAGGGGUGCCGUUUUUCAGAGGGUAGAGGGCAAUUGAAAUUUCCUGGGGCCCAACAGGAAAGGAAGGCGUGGACCCAGAAUCAUUGUAGGCAUUGGUAUCCCCCACUGUAAUGCAAGAGUUAAACCAAAUGGUUCAAACUAAUGCAAAAGGAAAUGAGUAUUUAUGGAAACUCCCGAUCAAGAUAAACAUUUACACAAUGACCACCUUUUAAAAUUCCUUCUGCCACUGUUCAUAUUUCUUUAGAAGUCAGUUCAAUUCAUGAAUAAUAUUUCUAAGGCUGAAGUAUGUAGUUAAACUCUUGACUCUUCUCUAUAGUCAACACUGCUUUCAUCAGUUUGGUGUGGUUUGCCUUGUUGCCUUGCUGUGUAAUACUGUAACUGUUUUUAUGCUACCUCUAGAAAGUAUUUCCCUCCUCCCGGCCUGUCAAAGAAGCAUAUGACAUUGGAGGUAGUUUGAGGUCUGGGGCUGCAGUGAUGGAAUAAGUGAGGAAUGCCCUAUUGCCUAUGGAAACAGAGGGCUGGAUUCCUAGCUUCAGCUUGACUGGUCCAUCAUUUCCCAGUAACUAUAACAAUGAGCCAUGUGAAUGUUGAGAGUAGUCAAAACACACAGCUGCCCUUACAGGGAGGAAGGAGCUUAGAUCAUGCUCGGCGUUUAAAUGUUUUGGAAUUGAUACCUUAUUUAAAAAUAAUCCCAGUAGCCUGUGACGUGGCUGCUAAUGGCAUUUUUGCAGUCUGUAAAUUCUGGCUGGCAAAAUUUGCUCCAUCGCUGAAUGUCCUGCCUUGAUUGCAGCUGGACAUUGUGGGAACUGAGGUCUGAGCCAAGAAAAUUUUGAACCUAGGAAGAGCAGCUGUCUGCCAGUGUGGUGUAGUGGUUAAGAGCGGUAGUCUCGUAAUCUGGGGAACCGGGUUUGAGUCUCCGCUCCUCCACAUGCAGCUGCUGGGUGACCUUGGGCCAGUCACACUUCUUUGAAGUCUCUCAGCCCCACUCACCUCACAGAGUGUUUGUUGUGGGGGAGGAAGGGAAAGGAGAAUGUUAGCCGCUUUGAGACUCCUUAAAGGGAGUGAAAGGCGGGAUAUCAAAUCCAAACUCUUCUUCUUCUUCUUCUGCAGCAUAAGUGUGAGAACUGCUGUCCUUUGGGCUGCCUUCCCAGACACCUUGCAGUCUCACCGGCUGGAAGUGGGCCUACCAAUAGAAGGACAGGCUCCUAUGUUCUUACUGCCAGAGGGAUGCUAAUGAAGCAGUCAGGCGUUUUCCUCUGCUUUGUUGGAAGGGGGAAGGUGACGUGUGUGAUCAAGAAUGGCUGCCUCAGCAUCUCCUUAGGCUACUUCAGAGCAGCCCCACUUAUAUGCUGGCCUCUCAGGUUGCUUCAGAGCUUGAGCAUAUCUUAAGGACAGCUGAAACAUGCUGCACCAGCAUCUUAAAGCUCUCUUGGCAAUGAAUGAGGCCUUAUAGGAAUGGCUAAAGAACAUAGCAGUCAGCUGCAAGCAAUUCCUCCAUCACUACCUCCAUAUUGCUUGUGAUUGUUCUAGCAGCAGCAGUGGUGGAUUGUUUCAGAAUCCUUUUUAACAAUAUUUGUUUGUGAAUAGGAUCUGUAUGUCAUGACUCUAGCCUUGCCUAUUUUAACAUAUUAAUCUGAAAGGAGCAAGGCUGGUGGGUUGCUUUAAUUUGUGUUCUUGUGUCAGACUCAAGACUGCAGGAGUUGGUUUACACCAGGGAGUCGAGACACUUUGGUUUUUAAAUGUGUUCACACAGGGCUGGUAUGAAAUUAAUCAGUGUCAUGGGAGAAACAGUCAAAGCCAAGAACAAAAAGGGAUUUUGGUUAUGACUUCCAUUGGGGAAACCUUAUGUGCCAUUAGUGAAAUGUAGCGGCUGGCUCUUCUUCAGAGAGAGUCAUUGGCAGAUAAAAAUUGCCUAUCUGGCUCAGCUAGCCUUGCAACUGAAAGCAGGAGGUGGGGUGGGGUGGGGAUGGAUUGUUCUUUAUAUGUGUACAUUCACAUAGCAUGCAUAUGACUCCAUCACUGUAUGCCAGGGGUGCAGAACCUUUUUCAGACCAUUCUCUCCUGGAAAACCUUUUUGGGGGCCACAUGAGAGGGGUUGACAAAGGCAACGUAUUUCUUCACCCUUACAUUUCCCUCUCUAUCCUCCAUUCAAGCAAGCCAGAGGCAGCUUCAGAGUUUAAGGACAUACUCCAGCCAGGCAGAAACAUUCAAGGAGGGUACAAGGACAGUCUGGCAAUGGGUGCAGCUUGGGAGGGUGUGGGGCCUUGGGACCAGACAGAGGCCUGGAGGGUUGCAUCCAGCCCCUGGGCCUGAGGUUCCUCUGUGUCACCAGGAAAGCAUGUUGUUAAGUCAGUUAAACUGGGAUUGGGUCCUUCCACCGCAUGAAGCAAAUUAACUAGGUUUAAACAAAGAUAAUGAAACUUUUCACAGCUCCACUUGUGUGAUUGUGGUUAGCAAACACCCUGCAGACUAUGAGAGGACAGUGAUUUGUCAUAACUUUAUGACACUUGUUUAGAAUGACUCAUGUACUGGGGAAGGACCCACCUAACAUUUUGCUUUUGCUUUUUAUUUUAUUUUUUAAUACCAGUUUGUCUGUCUCUUGCUCUGCCUUGUAGUUCAAGAAGUUGAAAUCAAGGAAGAUAAGCCUUUGAGAGCAGCAACUGAUACUAUCAGUUUAAGUACUGGAGGUACAACAUCCUACCUGGCACGUAAAAUUGUAAUGAUCUCAUCAAUAUUCCUUGUGUAAAUGAUUUGGAAAAAUAACUCAACUAUUUAUCUCUAAAUCUGUUGUCUGGAAUGGCAACUUUUUUUUUUACCUCCAAGUAUAUUUCCUGCAGGUCAGAAGAUGGAUGCAGAUUUGGAAAAGCAUCAUUGCUUCUUGUAUAUAAAUACCCUGGUAACCAGUAACUUGUGUGCAAGCAGGGUCACUAGAGUUGAAGUCUAAAAACACACGUGUUAAAAACAAACCCCAGCACCAAUAUUUUAAAUGGCUGGUGUUGAAAAGCAAGGUUAGAAAUAUCUUUCUGCUCAAGUGUGUAGUUGCUUAUUAGGGAGACUUCACCUCAUGCCAGUAGAUCUGCCCUGCAGACACAAAAGUAAAGAUGGCCAUUGUGGGUUGCACAUAAUGCUUGUGGUUCACAAGAGUUCCUCCUCCCGCUUCAGGAAAACGACACGUUCAGGUGCAGUUUGUCAAGGAUUAGUGCGGAAAAUGACAGCCUAACAGCUGCCUUUGUUGUCCCCUUCUGAAAUGAUCCCCUUGGCAUGUGGCUGUGUUCUAAAUGCAGCCCUUAAGGGUGUGUGUGUUACGACUUGUAAAAUGUUGGUUCUGCACAGAAGCUGCUUUUGGAAAGAGUUCAGUGGGAUGUGGUUGAAUGGUAAACACAAACAUCACCAGAUUGUUUUGGAAAUGGGAAUGCUGGCAAAUCAUUGUAUGAAUCUGUCAGCAAAUGACACAGGAACAGUUCUCAAACUUUUGUAGUUUUGAUGAAGUGUUGUGGGUAGAUCUUGUGUUUUCUGUUCUUUUACCAGUGUAACCUUGUUAAUGUUAGCCAAUUGGAUAAGUAAACAAGUGUAAUUUCAUACUGUGCUUUUAAUUAGACUGUUGGGAGUAUUUUAAUCAUCCUUGCGUUGAUGCUUUUUUCCAGACGUCUAAUGGCAGUCGUCAAUCAUAGUUUCGUAACCAAGCUUUCAAGUUCUCCAGCACUUCUGCUGAGGGAUUUGUGGAGCGAAAGGUCUCUGCAAACGUGACCUGAUGCAUUCCUGAGGCUUACUUAAGGGAAGCUUUCUGCAGAAUGUUUUAUCUGAUGGAGUCAGCAGUAACUCCUAGUGCCUUGGGCUGCCCUGUGCUUGAAGGAGGAGGCAGGCUUUGGCUUCACCUAUGAAGUUGUAGUUGUUAAAAGAGUGUCCUUUAUUAUGAGAUAUGAUCAUUUGGAGGUUAACAUGUUUUUACUGAACCAAAGUAUUCCUGGCAAGUUUUUCCAAUAAGUGAGGUUUAGUACUGUAUUUUAAUUCUGGGGUAGGGCAUGCAUUCGCCCUAACCUAGGCCAGCCUUCUCCAACUUUGUGCCCUCCAGAUGGUUGGAUCACAGCUCCCAUCAGUCCCAGCAUCUUAUGGCCAUGCUGACUAGGGCUUAUGGAAGGGUUUAUGGAAGUUGUGGACCAAAACAUCUAAAGGGCCUCAAGUUGGAGAAGGCUGGCUUUAGGCAGUAUGUAACAAUCUGUGACCAGCAAGGAAAACUGGAUCCCAUACAGGACUAUCCAAGGCACUGCUUGUCAGAUCUUUCAAUUUGAAAUUGGGUUCAGAGCUCGUAAGGCUCUCUCCAACUUGGGCUGUGCUGUUUAAGAGUGCCAUUGUCACAUACUUCUCUCUUAUCUCUAAUUCACAACUCUUCUUUUUUCAGAUGGGAGGAGGAACUGGCAAAGCGAAUGAAUCUGGAAUCAAUGGUAGAGACUCUCCAAGAGGUAGGUUUCGGAGAGCACCUAAAUGCAUGUUUCUUCAAAGGUCGAUAGGGGCCAUUUCUUAUUUUUAUUGGUGCCCAGCUGGCUUCAUGAGCUGCCUGUGGCCUGGGGUUAGGGACUGCCUGGGAUUAAUGACCAGGUGUGUGUAUCACUUCAUUUGUAAAAAAUCAGACCCUAAAUGGGAUACUAGUUCACAGCUGCUCUUCUGUAAAUUGUACUACAGGAUAAUAAAGAACUCUGAUUUUAUUUUUUUAUAAAGAGGGCUUUGAUUCCUGGUAUCCAGUGGCACUUCACCAAUAGAAGAACAACUUCAUUGUUCUAAAGGAUGUAGGCUCCAAAUAUCUGAAAAACUGUCUUUAUCUCUACUAGCCUUCUCAGGUGUUAAUAACAGUGUGGUGUGACAGGGGUUCUUGAUAAUUCCACCAUCCUCAGUUGUAGCCUGAGAUAGGGCUUUCUCUGUGGUGGCCCCUAAAUUGUAGAACUCCUUCCCCACAGAGGUGCAUCUAAGCAUCUUAAUUGUACAGCUUUUGUCAUAUGCUGAAGAUGCAUAUCAUAAUCCAAGUAUUUGAUCGUUAAGACAUUUUGUUUUUGUUUUGUUCUCUUUCACUGAAUUUGUAUUGUCUUGUUGCAUUUUGAACAGUUUUAUAAUUAUAAUAAUUUGAUUUCUAUUUCUGAUUGUAUUUUCAAUUGUUGUAACUCACUCUAGGGUGUUAUGGUGAAGGAUGCAUUGGAAAUCUGAUAAAUCAAUAAAGCUGGCAGUCCAGAGGUGUGGGUUGCAUAAUGGCAUAGCUUUUCAUUAGCAGCUAAGAUGGUCACAGCUACUUAUGUGAAUCUAAUUCACAUUGUUGACCUUCCAACAUCCAGAGAUAAUGUUUAUUACAGUAUUUGAGGCAUCUGGGAUAGCACUGUGGGGACCCAGAGGACCACAUGUCGUUUCCCACUCCAUGGCUUACCUGAUAGUGAGAUAGUGAGGCUGUUCCACAAGAUAGGAGCAAACUGAAAUUAGCUGCCGGAUCUGUAUUUGAUUAUUUCUUUGAGCUUUGUGUCUGAAGCUUGUGCCCUUCCUUCCGCACCACAAUUAUUUGUACCAUUUGUCCUCUAGGAGGCACAAGAAGCCGAAGCCCUCCAAGAAGAGCUAAAUGAGAAGAUUGAGAGACUGAAAGCUGAACUUGUCGUCUUCAAGGGUCUGAUGAGUGAUGUAAGUACCCUGGCAGGCUGAGUUGCACCAGGUUUAAAGGGGGGGGAGUCAUCUUCAUAGCUUCAUUAAUGAAAAAGUUAUGAUUUCAGUAAGUGCUGCUUGCAGUUAGUAUUAUGGCUGCCUUGUAUGAUCUAAUGCAUCAGACCAAUUCCCUUGUCCUCUCCCUGCUUCCUGUCUGGUCUGUGUAGAUGCAUUUAACUUGCUGCUUAUCACACAACCCUGAGUGUUCCCCGAUGGCUUCACACCAGCUAGCAGUGCUGGGUACUUCCCCCCACCCCUCCAGUGCUGCAACCUCUGGAAAGAAUGCUCUUUAAAAGGUUUAGGUUUUCCCAUUAAGUGCAGGUUUGAAGAAGCACCAUGCAGGUGCCAUCAGUUAGAAAAAUGCUAAAAAUACUCCUUUCAGUUUCAUCUAACCAAAAUGAUUUCAGAAACUCCAGUUCAGAUCUACUUUGCUGGGUCACUUAGUUUCAAGCCUGCCAUUUGAGCAUAUUGAGUAAACUGUAUGCAUAUUUAGAACUGCGAAUGUUAUUUUAGGGAGUCGUUUCAGGGAGCAGCUUCCUGCUUUGGAAACUUGAAUUGUCAAUAGUGUGGCCUGACAAUCAGAACAGGUAGAAAGCAUGACAAACCUCGUUUAUGUGAUAACUAUUUAGCUGAUGUAGGGAACUUGAGUGCUCAAAGAUUCUAGUUCACAUGAAGAAAAGCCACUCCUGAUUUUCCACACACUUCACUUUAAGGCCUUGCUCACAUUUAUCUCUGGGCUCAACAACAGAGCUACCCCAGCCCUCCUCUUUUCUCUCUCUCUCCACCCCCCUCUGUAGUAUUGUUUUCAGUUGGGAACUUCAAACAUUGCUCUGGGACAUAUCAGAAGCAUGUUGCCCUGGGCUCCUUAUAAAAACCGUGGGGGGGUGUGGAGAGAACCUGUUGGUGCAUAUUGUGGUUCUGAAAGUCAGACUCCAGAGAAAAUGUCAAUGGACACAAGUAUUUGCACUCUCCUUUUUAUGAGGGAAAUCCAUUCUUCUGGCCAAGUGUGGAUGUGUCAGUGUGGCUCUAGGGCAGCAGAACUGUAAAAAGGUUGGCAGGAUCUCAGUUGGGUUUACAUACCUUGUAACUUUCAUGAUGUAAACAUGCAGGGCAUAAUUUUAUCUUUGUAAUUUAUAGGUGGACUGUUAAAACUUAAUAGUUUAAAAUAAAUACCGUUAGUGUGUGCAGAGAGCAGCAGCCCAGUCAGAGCACAGUCUAACUAAGGGUGAGGGAAUACAGAAAAAUGUACAUCUUUUGUAGAUAGCAGAAGCUGCAGAAUUUCAUAGAGAGUAGUGCAAGGUUUUUUGGAUAAGAAAUGAUUGUUUAAGAGACAUUUCCAUAAUGGAAGGGUAUGAGGUGUAAAAUGUUGUCCUUAUCAGUAUUGUAUGUGGAAUAAAUAUUUGGCUUUGGUCAGAUUUGGAUUUUUUUUUUGGUAAGAAACUAGAUGCUUUUCUCUAGAAAGAUGUGUGUGUAGAUUUUUAAGGGUUAUGUAGUGCAAAAAGCACAGUUACAGAAUAUUUGGGAAAUGCUCCUCCAUUUAUAGCCACUGAAUUUCUUACAUUUCUGUGCUGCUCUUCCUCCUAAAGGAGCUCAGAACUGCAAAUAAUGAGCAGCAAAACAAUAUAUAUACACAAACAAACCUAGGAAGUGAAAAUCUGAACAAGAUUAGAAAAUUUGGAAGGUCCCUUAAUUAAAUAUUUUAGGUUGUAGAUUUUUUUUUAAACGCUCAUUACUUUCUGCAGGCAUAUAUCAUGUGCCAGGUUUCAUCUUGUAAGUUCUUGAAAGAUGUUGGAAUUCAAUAAUAUCAUUGUCCUGUAAGAGAAACUAUUUUUAGUGUGAAGUAGCUAGGUGAAUUUUCUGACAUGAAGUACUGUCUUUCUACAUAAAACAGAACCUGCAUCCCACACAUCAUGUGGGGGACUUCUGGAAUAGGUUUUUCCAUGUACAUUCCAUAAAAUAAAUAGCAUUGCAAAUGUAAGGCUUUGGGUUGAGAGUUUGUUUAAAGCGUAACCUUCCUUGAACAUUUGCCUUGGUUAGAAAUCAGUGUUCAACUUGCAGUGAAUUGACUACCUACCCCAAAUGCUGCUGUCCCUUGGAUGUUUAGCAUGCCUGGAAACCAGGCAGCAUUUAAUAUGGAGGCUGGCGUGAUCUGCAUUGAUGGAGAUACUGUAGGUCAUCUCCUUCUUAUCUUCUGAACUGUAUUAAUGGAAGAUAAUCCACUGCUGUCCUUCCUGCAGCCUAUGACAGACCUGGACACAAAGAUCCAAGAAAAAGCCAUGAAGGUGGACAUGGACAUCUGCCGACGAAUCGAUAUCACAGCCAAACUGUGUGAUGUAGCGCAGCAGCGCAACUCUGAAGACGUUUCCAAGAUAUUCCAGGUGAUUAGGCUCCGUCCUGUCCUGUGGAGAACAUGGCUGUGCCAGAGAGAGAUGGAGCUGUGUUUUGGAUUUGGAGUUGCUGUUCAGGAUUCCCACUAUAAAUCAUGGGACCAGCUGACAAGCCUCUGUAGAGAACACCCCAGUUUCAUGUGCUCUGUUCCCAUGUUGGGAAUAACCUAACUGAAGCAGGGAGUUGUGUUCUUGCAUCUACAAAGGUCUGCACAGGUGUUACCAGGCCUUGGGUCUCACACAGCAACAUUAAGACCUCAAUCUCUUUAGAAGUCUUCAGAUAAAUCAUAAGAGCAAGCUUGUGUGUCUGCUGGUCCUCUUGAGACACCACAAAAAUGCAUUACGAUGUCCCACUUGGCUUUUAUGUUCCUUGUAAAAUAAAAAUCAGAUUUUUUUUCUGACCCUGGGAGAACUCUAGGAGAAAACAAAUAGUUAGCUGUCAUGACAUUGCAAGUGUGUAGGCAGCUGUGAAAACCUCCAUCCACAAGUAGAUUUUGGUCCAGGGAGUAGGAGACAGGCCAUCACCACAGGGCACCCUGCCCCUCCUCUUAGUAUUUAUGCCCCUGAUUAUUCUGCUAUCCAUUAUUAAAUCCCAAGAAGCACACUGUCCCAUACAACCUUAAACCAAUAAAACAAAAUUCAUAAAACCAUCCCAGAGUCGUACCAAGGAAUCACUUCACUCAUAUAUGCUUACCGAUUAUAACUCUGUUUGAUAGCUGUGAUCCACUUUUGUUUAUGGUGGAUGGAUAUUUGAAAUGAAAUUUCUUUGUGUUUCCAAACUCCUUCCUCCAAUUUCAUUCUGUUUUCCUGUCAAAACUGGUGCCUGUCUAGCUCUGCUUCUAGGUGGAAAAUGGUGCAGGACUCGGGGUUCUUCUUCCUAGCUUAAUGGCACAGCCUAGUCCCCCCUUGUCACUGUUAGCUGAGGCCAGGCAGGGGACCGCCAAGGGGUGCCUGUUGCUCUCCAGCUUGUCACCUUGAGCAUCUCCAACUGCUUGUGCGUCAUCCUCCUAGCCUUCGCAUGGCCGACUGCAGCCCAAAUGGCUGUGCCACUGGGGCAUGGCCUGUCUAGCAGCUUGCUUUUUUGCCGCGUGCUGUCUCAAUCUGCUUCCCUGUGCUGUGUGUUCUGCCACCUGUAACACUUGUGAUUUAAUGAAUCUGUGUCAGCUGUCACUUGCUCACUCAAACCAUUGGAAGUGGGGUGGGGGUGGCUGAUGGCUCACAAUAUUUUCCCCCACCUCAUACCUCUCCUUUAUCUCUGCCGCUUCUUGGCGUAGCAGCUCACCUGAACCUUCUAGUCACUGCCCUUCUCUCCAAUUCAGGUGGCUUCCAAGAAGAAAGAGCGGAAACUCGUGUCGGAUGAUGACCUCUCUGAGCAGGACCCAGACAAUGCCCGAUUUUCGGACGAUGAAGUCAGUUGUUCUCUGAACAUCACGGAUGAAAUGAAGAGGAUGUUUAAUCAGCUGUGAGUAUUUCAGAGGCUGGGGAAUGUCUUGGCAUCCUUUUGGCUGUGGCCCUUGGAAGGGUCACACACCAAAAUAUGGCUUCGAGGUAGUUUCUGUUCUUCACUGAGGCAAGUAGGAUUUUGUAGCUUUUAAUCAUGCAAAUCAGAGAACUCGCAUAGAUCUGCUUGUUUUGCAUAAUUCUGCUUCUGCUGGAAGAACAUAAGAGUAACCUUGCUAGAGCAGACCAAGUGCCCAUCUAUUCCAGCAUCCUGCUUCUCUUGUUGGCUAGCCAGGUGCCUUUGGGAAAAUCCACAAGCAAUACUGAAAGCCAGGAAUCCUUGGCCAAUUUGUCCCCCAGGAACUGGUAACUAGAGGGCCACUGCUUCCAGAACCUGGAGGUUCCAGAUAGCUGUCCUAGCUAAUAACUAUUGCUAGACCUAUCCUCCAUGAAUAUGUCUAAUCUUUUAAAGCACAGAUUGGGAACCAAGUGCUUUCCAGAUGUUGGACUCCAGCUCCCAUCAGCCCCAGUCGUCAUAGAAAGAGGGGAGUGGUAGUUCAACCACAUCUGGAGGGCAUCAGGUUCCCUAGCUCUGUUCUAAAUACAGCUAAGAUAGUCUUCAUAUCAUAGGGAGGGUAACAAGGAGUGCAGGGCACUCAAGCCUGUACGCUGCAAAUAGUAGCUUUUCACUCCCUGCCACCUCUUGAGAUCUUGGUGGUAAUUGCCUACACACUUCCAGUUGUAUGCUUUGCAGUCAUCAUGGCCAGAAACAACUUGGUUUUCAAAAAGAAAAUGAAAAGGGUGGGGAUCUGUAUGCAGAAUUUCAGAUACCUGAAAAUACAGGUAUCUGAAAUUCUGCAUAUAGAUCCCCUGAGCAAGGCUUGCUGACAAGAAGGCCUGCAGCCUUUUGCUGUAAGUGCAACCCUAAUGCAGGGGCAUCACAACACACACUUUGGGACAGCCUACAUUGCACUGCAUGCCCUGCUGUCUAAGCAACACUUCUUAUCCAGUGGGAGGGAAGCUUGCUGAAAAUGAGCUAGGCAGGAUUGGCUAGCUUAUACAUACCGUUACUGGAAUCCAUAAUGACUUCACCCAGCAGUCCUCUUCUUAAAUGCCAAUAAAAGAUAAGAGUCUUCGUCACUCAGAAAUUAUGUCCCCAAGUGAAACUCUUGCUUAGUAAUCAUAAUGCUGGUCUUUAUGACUGUUUUUAUAGAGCCAAUGCUUUUAAACACUUUGCCUCUUUCAAGAAGCAGAAUUUCCAGGCCAUUGUGCAUAUGCACUCUCCCUCAGAAGGAUCUGCAGUUAGCAGCUCUCAUUCAUGCCAUGCGCCUUACGUAGGAGCCCCACCCCUAUGGCAUGUUUUCGGGACAUGGGAUUUGUUCCAGCUCUUAUUUUGAAUGGCAUGUGCCAACAUCACCUUUUGCUGCGCACCUUUACUCUUAAAAUGCUACAUGCUUGGACUACGGCAGUGAUGGAGUACAACCCCUGCGUCUGCAAGCCCACCCAGGAAUCCUGCAGUUUAUUUUGACACUCUGCAAGUAAUCUUUUGGGUUUAAACACUGUGGACAAGGUUGACAGUUCUGACUAUACACUUAAUAGGCCAGUCCAUUGCAUUGUUGGAAGUGAAAAGAAAUCCCUUCUAAAACCCCUAAGGAACAACAACUGCAUUAGUGCUGUGUCUUUUCGUAAGAGGGUUCAAAUUAUUCAGAUUAUACAAAUAGCCAUGGUUGCAAAAUAAAUGCAGCUGAAGGCAAGCAGUAGUUUUAAACUGGGAGGCUUGGCCGAUUUUAGAAGCUGGCAUGUGCUCCCACGCUGCCUCUUCCAGUCCACUGCCAAGUUUUGAAUCCAUUCGUCAUAAGAUGAAGUGUUGACCUCGACUUCCUGCUUUAUAUAUGCUCUGCUGGGAAGGAAAUGAACUCAGGAGACAAAAAUGUCUGCCAUUGUGGAGCUCAGCAGAGUAGCCACAAGAUUCCUGGAGGAUGGGAUCAAGCAGUCCCCUCUCAGGCAAUUCUUUAAAAGAAGCUAGUGUAAAAUCUUUUCAAAGUUUCAUCCUGUUAGUUUUUAGCUGAAAAUUCAGGCAUCACUGCCUUGUGACGUUGACUAGAUGUAACUUCUCAAGCUUGAUUGUGUUCCUUCGGCUAGCCCAAAUUGGUCCCAUAAAAGGCAUCAGUUUUGAUGUGAGGUGUUCCCUGGAACUGCCUUAGUAAUGUUUGCUUACUUAAUGAUGAGAGCUGUUGUGUUACUUCAUUUGUACGGCAUUUAACUGCUUACAGGUCUGUAGUCCAAAGGUCCUUGCAAAGUACCUGCUUUACCUGCAGAAGUCACUACAUUCACUUCUUGGCAUCCCCAGGUAGAACUGGGAAAAGAGUCUUGCUUGGUACGGUGUAGAACUCCUGCCACCCAUCUAUUCAGACAAUACUGAUCUAAGUGGAUCAACAGUCAGACUGUGUAUAAAACCACUUCCAAUUUAGACAUCAGAGCUAAAUGAGCUUCUGGGACUCCUUAUUUGCUGUGCAGCUCCCACAUGUAGCUCUAUCCCCUGGAGAUUUCAAAAUUGGGUGCAUAGAAUCUGGGGAGGGGGCAGGAUUAGUGAUGAAACCAUCAGGGCCCCCCAGUUUCUAGUUGUUUCUGGUUGUUGUACGUCAGGGGUUGGCAAACUAAGGCCCGCAGGCCAGAUCAGGCCCAAUUGCCUUCAGGAUCCGGCCUGUGGACUGUCCGUGGAUCGGUGUGGGGAUUCUGUUCGUUCGGGCUGCAACAUUCCCCCCCCCGUGCCAUUCCAUUCCCCCCCUCUCCCUCACACACACUGCGGCGGCGCCUCCUCCCUCCCUCCUCCUGGCUUCUCCUCGCCCUGCCUAGAGGAGGAAGGGGGCUGGCUGAGCACCAUUUUAAGCAGCCCAUCUCCAGAGCAAGCCCUUUUGCGCCACUCAUCUUCCCUCUGCUGCUGCCACUGCCCUGGUGCUCCUGUGGGCCAGAGAGCGGAGCGGACGAGCUCACUCUGCCUACCCACGAGAAGCAGCAGUGGCCAGGGAAGUUAAUCGCAGCGGCUGUGGGUGGAGGUGUGGGGUGAGCAGGAGGACUACUUGCCCCCCCCCCAGUGCCACUUCUCCAGUCCUCCACAAGGUCUGAGGGACAGUGGACCGGCCUGCGGCUAAAAAAUGUUGCCGACCCCUGUUGUACGGCAUAUGAAACUAAAGCAGCACAGAGCAAUGAUCAUAGGUGGUUAGUGAAACUGCCCAUCCUUUCACUGCUUUAAAGCAUGACUUUUUAAUUACAUGUGUACAUCCUGGGCAUUUCGUAUCUUUUGUUAGUGAUAGGCAGAAAUCCUUUUAAUUCGGACACUAGAACCUUUGUGUAAAGCUCUGGACUGUUGUUUUGAUGUGCAGCACCACCUGGAGGGGAACAGCUGAACUGUCACACUAAGAUUAGCUUGGAAUUUCAAUUCUGUCUAUCCUGCAGCAGAAUAAAAGGCAGAUGUGGAGCCUUUUUUCAGCAGAGGGCGAGAUAGCCACAUCAAAAUCCUAUGCCUUUAUGUGUGUGUUCUAGCGCUAAUACCAUCUCCUAAGCUUGUUUUGAAGAAGGAUUACAAGGAUUUUUAAUGAAAAUAUAUGUAUAUAUAUUUCCCUGUCAGGCGUGAAACCUUCGAUUUUGAUGAUGACUGUGACAGUUUGACGUGGGAGGAGAAUGAGGAUACUUUGCUCCUCUGGGAAGACUUCACCAACUGUAACCCAUCAAUCGAGCUCCAGGGAGAGGUGAGUUUUGGAUCUGGGCUCUUUGUGAGAUGGGUCUCUAGCUUCUUCAGAAGUAAGGUUGUGACUGAUUUCUGGAAGGGUUUUAAAAAGUAAUGAUUUUUUAUUAUCAACAACAUACAUCCAAAUUUUCAAAAGCCUCCAUUGUGUUAGAAUUUGGCACAUCCUCUCUGCUGGAGAAUAAAAAUGGCCACUUUUGCAAAGAUUGGUUUACUUGCUGCUGUAUAAUUGACAGGCGAUUGUUUUUGAUCGGCACCUGAAGUUGUGUUGUUGAGGCUCCUUUGAUUGUGCAGGAAAAAACCAACAUGGAGUUUAAAGCUUUGUCAUGGUAUUGGCUACAUUUUUAUGUUUUCUCCACCCACCUUCAGCUCCCCACCGUCUCAACACACAUGUACUGUAUUACUUAUUCCUUAUGGCGUAUUUUGUCUAAUAUUAGCAUACAUAUGUUUUUUUAUACAUUAAUUUUCUGGAAUCACAUGGCAGUGCUUUUUCAUGUGGAGCCUUCUGUUACCGCAUGAUCCGGUAGCUUGAACCUUCCAUCACAUGCUCUUCUGCAGGCAGUGGCGGUUUGUAAAUGAUGUUUGUGACUGGUUGCCAGGCACUCAAGGUCUUGUUAAAUGAUAAUGGUGGUGUUUGUAAACAAGAAAAUGGGGAGGAGGGGAAGCAACUCUUAACUUAUCUCCCUUCAACUAUAGUAACAUGGGCCUAUGAGAUCAUAUAGGACUCAAGAGCACUGGUUGUGAAUUUGAGAAUCUUUAAUUUUACUAUGUUAAAUUAUCCUUUUAUCAACAACUUACAAGUGGCUGACAACUUCUGGAAUGUAGCAUAAAUUUCUUAAACUGAUAGGCACUUGGUGAUUCUGUAGAAAUUGAUUUUGAUUUGUCCCAUAUUGGAGAAAUAAAGCUGAAGCCGCUUAAACAUUGGAGCAAAGUGAGAAGGGACUUCACAGGAAGCUGGUCAAGCUUUGGUAUUAAAAAUAUAGGCUUGUUGUAUAUCUGAUAAUAUUUUAACAAUUUUUUUUAAGCCAACAACAGAGAGUCACAAAGGAAGCAGGCUAGGCACCGUUAACAAAGUCUUACUAGUUUUUAAUGAAUGGGACUUUGAUUUAACUGACAUAUAUCAGAAACACUGAGCUAAAAUGAGAGGACGGGAAUGAUGGAGUGGCCUAGACAUCUUUCUCCAAGGGCAUCAAGUCAGCUGGUUUGCAAAUUCUCUUUUUAGGAUGCCUGGUUCAGAAGAGCCUUGAGCUGCUUAUUCCAUUGGUGCUUGCUGAACUGUUUGGGUAGAGCAACAGAAUCCUGCCCCUGUUGCCCAAUAAAGUCUGUCGGGAAAAGUUUCUGUGUUUAAUGGGUGUGUAAUAAUAAUAAUAAUAAUAAUAAUAAUAAUAAUAAUAAUAAUUUAUUUAUACCCCACCCAUCUGGCUGGGCUUCCCCAGCCACUCUGGGCGGCUUCCAAAAAAAAUUAAAAUACUGUAAUACAUCAAACAUUAAAAGCUUCCCUAAACAGGGCUGCCUUCAGAUGUCUUCUAAAAGUCUGGUAGUUGUUCUCUUUGACGUCUGGUGGGAGGGCAUUCCACAGGGAGGGCACCACUACCAAGAAGGCCCUCUGCCUGGUUCCCUAUAACUUAGCUUCUCGCAGUGAGGGAACCGCCAGAAGGCCCUCCGUGCUGGACCUCAGUGUCCGGGUAGAACGAUGGGGGUGGAGACGCUCCUUCAGAUAUACUGGACCGAGGCCGUUUAGGGCUUUAACACUUUAAAUUGUGCUCGGAAACGUACUGGGAGACGUACUGCUCGGAAACCUUUCUGAUGUCCCUUUCUGAUGAUGCAUUUGAGCCUUGAGUGCCUUGACACUGGGAGAGCUCUGACCUUUCAUGGUCAGAUUCUCAGUGUACCUCCAUUCCUCCCUUUCUCAGUAACAUGAUAGAGGGUGGUGAUGGUGGGAGGUAGGAAGCUUUAUCUCCUUGGCUAGAAAGCCACUGCAGCAGCCACAUCUCCUCAGCAAUCCACCUUAUACUGACUGCCAGGAGCGCAUGUUAAGUUGUUCCUUUCCAUUUUGUGAACUGUGGUGGUGUGCACUGCAAAACGGUGAGAGAUUACACCAAAGUGCUACAGUUGCAAAAUGUGGCAUACGUUUGUGAAGGCGCCUUUCUAGUGAGCUGCAACUGCCAGGGCGAUAAAGCAGUUUUAGUGAUGGGCUGGAAUUAAGUGACAGAUUAUUUGCAUAUAACCAUGUGCCUGUGUGUUAGAAGUAUAGCUAUCAGUGGAGUAUUACAGAGUUCAGGCCUAGCAUGCUGCAGCUCUAAAGGUUUUAAGAGGCUUAAAUCCCUUCUAACUGAAAAUUACACAACGAAAGGGUAGAUUUGCCUUGUAGAUCGAGAUCGGGAAUAAAAGGCUAAUUGACUCAGGGAGCUGAGCACAGAGUGCUGCAACUCCCUCUCUCCAGGCCUCUAGCUCCCCAGACGGAGCCAGAACUGAACCAUUUUUCUGCACUGCAGGCUUCUGUCUGUAAAGCUCUGCUAGGCUGAAUUCUGUCAAGUGGACACUAUCUUAGAACAGAUGAUCUUGAAUGUUACCAUAAUACACUAAAUGCAUGGAGAAGGUCCUAGGUUCAAUCUGGAGCAUCUCCAGGUAGGGCCUGUGAGAGAUCCUGGCCUGAAAUCUUGGAGAGCCACUGCAAGUCAUUGUAGACAAUACUGAACUGGAUAGAUCUACAGUAUUGCCUGGCUCUUUGGCUGGUUCUGGGUGACAGAAUUCCUUGCUCACCUCUUCCUGAUUUUCUUUAUUUUAUAGCAAGAGGAGAACUUGGGCAACUUGAUCCAUGAAACAGAAUCUUUCUUCAAAACGAGGGACAAAGAAUACCAAGAAACGAUAGGACAGAUUGAGGUAAGGAACGAGGAGCCUAAGAAUUGUUUGUCUGUGUGGCCUAGUUGUGUUUAAUUAAGAGCAGCAAAUGAUUAAAUCUGAUGAGCAGCCACAGGCUGGUCAUGGAUCAAAAUGGUCAGGCUUUUGCCUUAUUGCUGAGGGGUAACUUUCAAGGCAGUUACCUUCUCCAUCUCUUUUUGCUAAUGAGGGCUAUGCGUGGUUGAAUGGACAUGAGAAGAGAAACAAGGUGGGCAAGGUUUUCUGGCGUGGGCAGAAUGACAGAAGGCAAUAGGAAAUAAAGGUUCUAAGUUACAGUUAGGUAGCCGUGUUGGUCUGCUGUAGUCAAAACAAAAUAAAAAAAUUCCUUCCAGUAGCACCUUAGGGACCAACUAAGUUAGUUAUUGGUAUGAGCUUUCAUGUGCAUGCACACUUCUUCAGAUUGCCAAAACAGGGAAGAGUUGGGUGCAGCUUGAGAGGGCUUGUGUAUGUUAUUGGUGAAGAGAUACUUCUUUGCCUUGAAUCUUUUGGAAUUUAUGUACCGGUAUAUCAUAAGCUCAGAACUUUGUCAAGAAAAAUGAGGAGGUAGCUUAUUGCCUCGUUUAUAAAUAGUGAUGCUCACUUCCAUUAGCAGCCUUUAGGUUAGCUAGUGGUAAUAAAUUGACAUUCCAUCAAAAUGGGCAGGGAGGGCACAUGGUAGUUCUCAUUCUUUGCAUGACUUGACUUGGCCCUCUCCUUCUGUGCAGCUUGAGCUUGCCACGGCCAAGAGCGACAUGAAUCGCCACCUCCAUGAGUACAUGGAAAUGUGCAGCAUGAAACGGGGCCUGGAUGUGCAAAUGGAGACUUGCCGGCGGCUCAUUAAAGGCUCUGCUGAAAGGUAACACAGAAUCCACACCUGAUAACUUUUAUUUGCCCAAGUGGGAUGGUGAUGGAGAGCUUUCGUUCAGAGGUAUUGGGAGGGACUCAAUAAUCUGAAGACUAGCUGUUCUGAGAUGUCUGGUUUCGCUGAAAGUACCAAACACAGCAGGCCCCAAGAUGUAACUGUUUACCUUGAAAAUCCAGUUUAACAGCAAUACUGUUUAAGUACGACAGAUACUUCAUGGCACCCAGUGGUCCAGAGCACUAGGGUGCUGUCUGCUCCAUUUGUCAUCUCACUUUUUGCAAUGUCUGUGAAGGGUUUUACACGUUGCUAUAAAACUGUUGAUGCCUGAAAUGCAGCAAACAUAUUGCCCUUUGCAUUCUGGGGAGCCAGUACUUCCCUACUUUACAUCCAUGUAAGUUGAACAUGCUUUUGCCGCUGUUUAACAUGGAAAGACGGCUUAUUAAGAGAAUGGACCUAACCACACUCUUCCUCUCUCUCCCCUUUUCUUUGUCAGCAGAAAUUCCCCGUCUCCCAGUUCGGUAGCCAGCAGCGACUCAGGAAACACGGAUGAAAUUCAGGAUGAGUUUGACAGAGAAGCAGACGUUGAGCCCAUGGUCAGCUGAUAAAUAACCAGAACGUUCUGGCGCAAGGAGAGAAGAAAAAGAAAACCCAGAAAAAGAAGAGAUUUCACAAAUGCAGAGAGAUCAGAGACUUCAAAGCCCCUAGCCUUGGGGGUGCCAAGGACUUGAUCUAGUAUUUUUUCCCACCCCAUCCAAGGAUUUGGUGCUGUAAAAAACAUUUAUACUGUUCUACAAAUGACAGAUGUGGAGUUCUGUAAGAAAAAGUAUGUGAAUAUGGUAUUUUAAUUGUGCCUUUGCCCCAAGCUGAGCCACUUUGAGCUCCACUGGAAUAUCAUAGUGCUUUUUAUAUAAAAAUGAUGGUUCUAAAUAAGCUUCUGGUAGCAGAAGAAUGAAUUGGUAUGGAAGUUUAGCACUGAACUGAAGUGCUGGGCAAAUUGGCAGAGCAGGCCCCGUGGCAACUAAGUAGCAAAUAUCACACCAUUGAGCAGCAAUGAGGACAAGUGUCUUGCGUGGAUUGAAAGUGUCCUCCCCUCCCAAUCUUAGCCCUUUAACGACACCUGCUCUUGGCUCAUGCAGUUAGAAGGCAUGUGAAUUGUGGCUUGAGAGAAUCCUUUCAGAGACCUGCACAACACCUUUUCUGCUGAGGUCCAGAACUCUAUUAGAAGCUUGGUGGCAAGGCAAGAAUAGCAAAAGUCUGAUGGGGUGGGAAUAACACUGUUUUUUAAUUACUAUGCAAAAACAAGCAAGCAAAGCGUUCGCCUUAUUUGUAUGGAAUGUUAGGUCACUGCUGGGCUUCUCUGUCUCCUGUUGGGAAGGAAGCUGAGCAUUCACUUUGCACACCUUUACUUGUUUGUGGAGCUUGUUUUGGCCAAGGGAGCUUCCUACUGCUGCAUCUGCUCCCAGUGAUCCUUUGGUUCCAAACUUUCUUCCUUCCCUCCCUCUUUUCUUCACCCUCCCCCUUCAUUUGUACUUUAGCCAUCAAAUGAUUUCCUCUCAAAAAGUUACUGUUGAGGAAGGACUGCAUUUUUGUGCUGCUUUCGGAAGCUUGGAGCGUGAUAGCUUUCCACACCAUCCUCAGAAUCAGUGUUAACUAAAUUAUAGGGUGAGUGGCAUUACCUUUCCCAAGACCCCUCAGCAAGGAACACAGCUUUAGAUGUCUUGAAGCAUGUCAGGUCCUGCACCUGUACAGUGGUACCUCGGGUUAAGUACUUAAUUCGUUCCAGAGGUCCGUUCUUAACCUGAAACUGUUCUUAACCUGAAGCACCACUUUAGCUAAUGGGGCCUCCUGCUGCCGCUGUGCCGCCGCAGCACGAUUUCUGUUCUCAUCCUGAAGCAAAGUUCUUAACCCGAGGUACUAUUUCUGGGUUAGCGGAGUCUGUAACCUGAAGCAUAUGUAUCCUGAGGUACCACUGUAUUUCAGGUACACUGAAAAUAAGUAUUACAAGAUGUGGAUUUUUUUUUUUUUAAGAAAAAUCAAGAGUACAGUAUUGUAUUGUCGGGCACUAAGGUAUAACUGUCACAUGCUUUGCUUUUCUGAAAAGCAAGUGAGACUAGCUCCCCACUCCAUCCUUUGGUGGCUUAAACACAAACAUCUGAUGUUUAUUUGCCAGAUAGUCAGCUGGGGUUGGUGCCAUGAAUCAGCAUCUUCCUGGUCCAGAUCACUUGCUGUUAUCCAGAACAAAAGAGUAGCUCUUUGCCAACAUGGUAUCAUUUUAUGCUGCCCAGAUUUGGAGGCACAAUCACCCUUCUGGCAAAGCUGCUGUGGGUGGGUGGGUGUCAGAUAGUUAUCUCUCCUGCAAAACACUUCUUAAUGACAUGAAAUGCCUAGAAGAAGAAACCUCUCCCCUCAUGCCUACGGAUCAACCCCUAGUAAAAGCUGUUGUGUGGCUGAUGGGCUCCUUCCCCCUCUGUCUCCGGAGUGCUUUCUUGUCCAAUUGGCUGCUGCUUUGGGUUGCUGAAGGUGAUGGCUGGCGCCUAGGCAGAUGAACACGUCUGUCAUGUGAGAGAGACACUCCUGGGUGGGGGAAGUAUUUGGCUUCAGAAGGGGAGCUUUACUAUAUUCCCAUCCAUGCAAAAAAAGGGGGGAGUGGGAGAUGCAAUAUAAAAAGGGACACUUUGUGUUCGUCCUGAUUUGCUGCUUGAAACUCAAGUUUGCUGCUUCUGGUUAGUAGCUUUAUGCCCCAUUGUUUAGCGACCCUUAAAAAGCUUGUUUUUGCAACUUUUGGUCAAGCGCUUCAUCGCUUUCUCUCUCUGCUUUGGAAAAGGAAUCUCAUUCCUAAGCCCUUAUUCUUUUCACCCCAUUUCUAUCCAAAGCUGUACCCUUUUCUGACUGUGAGUUUUGCAGCUUUUUUUGGGGGGGGGUGUGGAGGGGAGACCAGCAGCCCUGUCCUUUCCAAAGGGUUGGGCCUUGGCACUUUCAUAAAUAGCAUCUCAGGGUCCCGAAGCCAGCACUGAAUGUUGGCUCUUUCGCUCUGCAGUUUCUCCAGACACUGGGAGACCCGUCUACCCAAUCUGGCAGCUCCUGAGUGCAGGUUGUAUGCGUACCUGCUAAACUUCAGUUGCCCAGAAAUUGUAGGAUUUACUAUUUCUGAAACUAAGAAUUUGAGCGGUUUUUACUUAAGGCCAUCCAACUUCAUUGCUGCUAAUCUUCUUUGGGGGGAGGGGUGUGUUUUAAACUUUAAGAGCAUGUGUCAAUGUGUUUGCUUUUAAUGGCUGGCAUGCUCAAGGUAGAGUGUAGUGGGUAGGCAUGGGCAGGGGGAACUGGUUCUUGUAUGGUUGUAUAAGUGGGUAGGGGGAUGAGGUUUCACUGGUCAACACGGAGGGCAUCAACAAAAUGGUUCAUUUUGUAAUGACUAGGUGGGUACUCAAGUAAGCAAUUAUUAUUAUUUGUAUGUGUUAGAGGUAGGUGGGGAUUACCUGUGUAAGAAUAAUGAUAGAACAGAAUAGUAGUGGUUAAGGUGGUGGUUGGUAUCUUUUUUAUCAUAUGCAACCUGAAUUUAAGAAUUUCUCUUCACAUUUUGAAUAUGAGGUUUUAUUAUAUCUGAGGGAGCAUCAGGGUGAGUUCGCGAAUGGAUCAGUCCCUUAACAGUACAGUUUCCUUCAUAUUGCAUUUCUUUCAGCCAGUGCUGCUGGCUUUAGUAGACAGUGGCACCUCUAGAUUUGCAUUUAGUCUUGUCCGUCCGUAGCAACCAGAUUUAAAGCUUGUCAGGAAAAAAAAUGUGAAAAUGCUGGACGUGAAUUGUAAUGACUUCACCCCCCCCCCUUCUGUAAAGCUGUAAAUACUUUAUUUUCUAUUCUUGAGGCAGUGUCAUAUUGACACUUUUUAAAAAAAUGAAUUACAAUUGGGUGGGAGUGGGGGUGGGAAUCUUAUUUUCUUGUGGGUUUUUAAGGGAUUUUUUAAGCCGGCUAAUUUCCUUUACUUGUUAGUGAGAGGAUGAAGAUCUGUCAAGAUUCCUAAGCAAACUAGGUUUGUAAAAAGAAAAGAAAAGGUGAAUUCAAUAGACGGGCCUUGUGCCUGCUUUAUGGAUGCAUGUUGUUGUUGUUUUAGAAAAAAUGUCCAAAGAACAAUAAUGUUGAAUUAUUCCCAGUGUUUUAUUACUACAUCUUGGCUCAGGCAGUGAACAAGUAUGCAAAGCUGCUUUGAAGAUGAAUGCCAAGGACAAAAAGGAAAACCACCCCCUAAUGAAAUUCACUUAGCUUAAAUGUGUACUCUUCAAAGGGGAUACUGUAUUUUUAAAGGUGUUAAGUUCAGACAUCAUAACCGUUGUUUGGCAGCAUUUGGGGGAAGCCAUGUAACAAACUGCAAUAGCUGAAAAACAUGCUCACCACCCUUCAGUCAGGACUCUCCAAGGUUUUUGCCUCUCACUAGAGGGAAAACAGAGAGCAAACUUCCUGUCCUGUCAGUCGCUCCACAUGCAUUAUUCAAGAAACAAACCCUUCUAGAUUUCCCCAUGUGGGAACUGAAAUAGAGGUAAGGAUGUGGCAUUAUUAUUAUUAUUAUUAUUAUUCAAUCUGAAUUAUUUGUGUGCAUGUGUGUACACAAAUGUACACAAACACACACAUACACACACACAAAGAAAUGGGUCAAAAUCAGUUUUCUGCAUAACAUGAAGUAACACUCAAAUCUCAAGAGGGUUUAUCUAAUGCUAGUUCUGCAUGAAGAUAAUGGACAUGAACUGUUGAUUUCAGUGGGUCUACUGAGAGCCAGCGUGGUGUAGUGGUUAAGAGCGGUAGUCUUGUAAUCUGGGGAACCGGGUUCGCGUCUCCGCUCCUCCACAUGCAGCUGCUGGGUGACCUUGGGCCAGUCACACUUCUUUGAAGUCUCUCAGUCCCACUCACCUCACAGAGUGUUUGUUGUGGGGGAGGAAGGGAAAGGAGAAUGUUAGCCGCUUUGAGACUCCUUAAAGGGAGUGAAAGGCGGGAUAUCAAAUCCAAACUCUUCUUCUUCUUCUUCUUCUUCUACUCUGAGUAAAACUGAUUUGGCUCCAACCCAAAGGAUUCCUGUACUCAGCACCAUUCCUGGCUAGCUCACAUACUCAAAAUGUAUCAGAAGGGGAAGGAUGGUUGUAGCAAAUUUGAAUCUGAAUGAUGGGAACCUGGGGGGGGGGGGCGCUUUAUCCUCUCACCACUUCAUUUUUGAGUUGGCCAAGGUCGAUGGUGCUCACAAAAAGGAUUCAGAGUUUUAGGAAGGUUGUACCUGACUUAGCACUUUGCUACCUAUUGCAGCUUGGCUUGGUGGUCAAAAAGAGCAAAGUUCAAUUUCCCAAAUUUUCACAGUAGCAAAAAUAUAACUAGCUGAUUUGCCCAGCCAGUACUCUGCAUGGAAGAUUAAUAAUAGCAAAGAUGUUGUCUGCCUUUGUUUCCAACAAUAUCUGCAGCAACAAGCAGAUAGUUUCUGGAAGGUGAUUCUGUGAUUGUAUGGAUUUCCCUCCAGAGCCCUAGGCAUGCUCCUGGUGUAUGCAGGAGUCUCUCUGCCUUGUAUUGGCUCCUCCAUCCCUUCAAACACAUUGAGCAUAAAUUGUUGAGAGAGCCAUUCUAGCCUUUGCAACAUUCAUGUCAUGUGUCGGUGCCAGAGUUUCCACAACAGAUCACUUGAUUGUUGUGUCUCUCUCAGAAGCAGACUAGAAGAGGAUGCAGGUUUCAAAACACAGUCAUGCUGCUGCAGACUGUUUGCCUGCCUCUAUAAAACUUGCUGCUCCAGAUGGUCAAUAGCACAAACUCAACUUUUCCCUCCUGGUAGGUUUUCAGACCAGUUUUCCAGAUAAUUCAUAGAUAAUUCAAGCUUCUGUCUGCCAAGCUCUGUGUGUUCAUCCUUUGCUGACUCUGACUCUUUGUGAGAGAUGUAGAAAAGGAAGGGCCUUGAUCCAUCUUGGCAGGAGAGCCAAGGCAAGACCACUUUUUAAGCAGCCUGCUUUAAAGAUGGCGAUUCUCAGCAUUUGUGUCUGGUUUGGAGAUUUCAGCCAUCCUUUGUUAUAUAGCCUCUCCUGUUCUGAAGAAGUGGAGACACAAAAGUUUGGGUUGGUGUUUUUGCUAUUUUCAAAGAGCUUAUUAGCAUUUCACACCCUUCAUAGCUCCAACAGGCUUGUAGGUAACCUGUCAUGUGUAUAAUUAGUUGCAGAUAAAAAGCUGUACCAAAGCAGAGGCCUUAUUUUUUUUCCACCUUAGGCCCCUAAAUGACUGACAUAGGGGAUGUGUUGUGAGAAGGCAGGCGGACUACUAAAAACUUCUGUAAGCUGGUAACUUUUUUGUGAAUGUAUCUUGCAGAGCUGCUUUUAGAAAUCCACAAACUGCACUUUAUUAGGCAAAGUAAGUUCUAAAAUGGAGGCCCUGUUGAUCUUGGCAGGUGGUGUCAUAGGAAUUGCAUGGUGCAAAAUAGCUGCUCGGCUGGCUGUCUUGCAGAAACUUAGGUACAAGGGCUUAGGUAUUGUCUGUUUGCUGUUGGUUUGCUUGUUGGUUUUUUGUUUGCAACUGAUGGCUGAUGUUCCUCCAGCAAAGGGACCACAAGGCCCCUCUGUCCCCUUGCAAAUUCUGAAUUUGCACUGUUGCCUAAAAAAUAAUAAUGCAGCAGAGAAGUUUGUGAGUAGUAAUGUGGGCAUACAUUGUUUUAUGACUUCCGCUAUAAGGAAUGUAUAAGCUAUAAGAAAUUUAUAACGUCCUUCAAAUGCUGGUAUCCUGUGGUUUUUUAUUUUAUUUUUUUAAGGCGGCUCAAUUUUGGGGCCAAAAAGGGUAAUCUGGAUUAACCCCGCUGCCGCCGCCUUUCUCUUUAUGACUGAAGUUGCUGAAGUAUUUCCUUUCCAACCGCAAAAAAAACCUGACUACUUAACGAGUGUGGGAUGGGGAAAGAAACUGUUUACUGUGUUGUUGUACAUAUUGUGCUUUAUAUUCUGUAUAUUAGCAUUUUAAGGGAGUGGGGAUAACCAGAUGUAAUGUAUUUGUGCUCUAAUUGGGAGAAAGGUCCAAGGGUUAACCAUUUCUUAAGCUUACUCCAGAAGCACAUGCCUCCCACCCCCCAUCAAAGUGGGAUUUCCCUGUUCCUCAUCUGUAGCACAGUCUCACAUGAGCCUGUGUUUAUUGAUGGUUCAGAAACUUUCAUUUUGGUUAGGGCACCCAAAAAUUGUGUGAGCAUCCUGGCACUUCCAUGCUCCAAGCGGGUUGUUGCCAUGCAUUCAUGAGUGCCAAAAAGCUCCCACCUUACACAUCCAAUCUGAUGUCCCAAAGCACUGUGGGGACUUUUCCUCUUUUGGAAAAGGAAGCACACCCACGAAUCCCGUCCAUCUCUGCUUGAACUGCCCUGUGCUGCUGGUCCUGCUUCUAGGAGAGGAGCUCUGAAACAUGGUUCAUCCUUCAUUUCUCAAGUUCUUUCUAGCAAAUGUUUUGGUUUUGAAUAAUCUCUCUCCUCCCCUUCCCUUUCCUUUCUUUCACAUACCAAACGGGCUUCUCUGUGAAUCAGGGAUGUACCUGAAGCUUGUUGGUGGGGAAAACGGGUUCUGGUAAUUCUUUGUUUAAAAGGAAAAAAAACCCUUACAAUAAACGCCAAACUUCCUGGUUAUUGAAA